GCAAUUUAAACGUGUCUGUCUAACUCAAAAGAGGCAGAGAUCAGCGAGCAGACAGAUCUGCAGACCAUGAAUUAUCGUAAGUAUCAUCCAAACUUAUUAAUCUUUUAUAUUUGACCACCUAAAGUUUGGGUUCUACGACAAUUCUUUCAAAGAAAAUGGAAGGAUUUAUUUUAUUGAGCUAUGGGGUUCAAUACAUAGUUAAGUAUUGUGUAACUAUUAAUACAGACAAAUCUGUUUCACAUUUAACCCAAAUUAAUAUAUUAUGUGAUGCUUAAAUGACUACUCUAAAGAUAACAUGACUUUUCAUGAAGUGUCCCAAGCUGUGUUAUUUAGCAGCAAUUUUAAGUAUUUGUAGAGGAGGCAUCACAAUAGAGUGAGUACAUUUUACAGGUAAUUAACAAACAUAAUUAGUGAACAUGUAAAAAGGUAUAGUUUUGGACUGCUAAGUAUAAAACUUGCAUCAGUAACACUGGUUAUAAAGGCUACCUGUUAGAUUAGUUAAUUAGAUUUAAAAAGAUUAAAUAAAGCAAUUAUAUAUGUUAAUUAGAUAAAAUUCUAAAUAGCCACACUUGUCAAAUGUGACUUUUAACAUGAAAAAGUUAUGUACUUUUGGUUUUUAUUUUUAAGUAGAUGUGCAGAAUGAUUAAUUAUUAUAUUCCUUACUUAAUUCACUUUAUUAUUUUGUAUGCAUAUGACAAUCAAAAAGUGGAAAAAUCUAUGCUCUGGGGAAUUUUCUUUAUGAGCACGAUUAAUGCCCAUGUAAGACUUUAAGAUGUUCAUUAUUGCAUAGUUAUUAUUUUGGGUGUGAAAUUUUGCCUGUAAGUGGGCAUUUAAUAGUUUAAAGUAUUAUGCAGCAUUCUGGGAAGAUUUCAUUAAUAAAAAAAUAAAAAAAAGUCUGUAAUUAGAUAUUUUUAAGCUAAGUGAGAUUUUAGUUUGAUAUAUAUAUAUAUAUAUAUAUAUAUAUAUAUAUAAAAUAUCAAGAUAUUAGAUUCUUAUAACUAAUGUAACUAAAGUAUCUAUUCAUAUACAGACAGAAGGUUGUGGAUCAAUCAGAUACACAUCUGAUUGAUCCACAACCUUCUGUCUGUAUAUGAAUAGAUACUUUAGUUACAUUAGUUAUAAGAAUCUAAUAUCUUGAUAUUAUAUAUAUAUAUAUAUAUAUAUAUAUAUAUAUAUAUCAAACUAAAAUCUCACUUAGACUACUUUCAGUUGGUUACAUUUUCUCCUAAACAUCAAUGACACAAUUUCCCUAAUUUUAAAAAAAAAUUAUAACAUACAAUAGUUUGCUCAUUGGCAUUCCAAAGUUAUUGUUGUCAGUGGAAGACUAAGAUUCUAUUUAUCUUUCAAUGCAUUGUAUUGUUUGCCAAAUUGAAGUUUAUGUUUUUGUUUUUUUCAUAUGUACCUGCGUGUUUAUAUGUUUGUGAAUAUAGUAUAUAAAAUAGUGUUUGAAAGCACAUUUGACUUUGAAAUUAAGAAAUUGUGUUAUUUGUCAAGUUCUGUGUGGCAUUUUAAUUUGGAAUGUCGUAAUACUGGUUUACUUUUACUGCAAUAAAACACAUGUGUGUAUGAUAUCCCACAAGUACAACAAUGCCCCCAUGUACAGGUUUCAUGGUGUUUUAGAAACUUACAAGGUCAAAUAAAGAGCUUAGCCAUUUCAGUUUUUACACAUUUAAAUUUGUCAGAUUCAUUUGUUUGGCCUAUGUUGCCUUCGAGACCUUAUGGCAGCCCUGGAAUGAAAAUUGUAGAGUAUACCAGCCUUAGUGUAACUAUAAUCUUAAUUUUAUUAAUGAAAGGUGGCGAAUAUUUGCUUAAGUCUCUCUUUACUAGAACUCCACAGCAGCACAUUAACACAAAGAAAAAAACAACCAAUCAGAAAAAAGUAAAAAACAAUAAAGGUCCCCUCCCAACCAACUACUUCUUCUUUCAAGCUGCGACAAAAUAAGGAACAGGAACAAACAUAUACAUCUAGUACUAGUAGAAAAAAAUCAAACAAAAUCAACUGAUGACCUCCAUCCAGAACCCGAAACCGAACGUGGAUCCGUAGAUGAACCAUUAAACUUUAUUCAGAUGAAGGUCUUGAACGUGGAACUGUAGACGAACCAUUAAAAUGAAACGAGAAAAACAGAGUCGAAAGCACCGGUUAGUGAAAGAAAUGUAUUGUGAAAACAUGAAGAACCCACAAUCAACUACAGACAGUACAAUAUCCAUAAAGUCUCACCCCGACUUCCCUCAGGAAGACAAAACCACUGACCUACCUAGUCCUAGUUCUGAAGAACAAACUAACAACUAGAGGUGAUCAAAUAAAACAAACAAAAUCAACAAGGGUAGGGUGAAACUGGGAGGGAAAUUUUGCCUCCUGUCAUUAAUAAAAUUAAGAUUAUAGUUACACUAAAGCUAGUAUAAUCUACAAUUUUAUAACAUGACAGGAGGCUUCAUAUUUGCUGUUUUAACGCUCAGACAGCACAGCAAAGGAAACAUGAUCCAUCGGUCUGAAAUAAAAAUGUCGGAAAGCGUCCCCUUGGGACCAAUCAAUUGAUUGCAGGAUGUCUUCGAUAGAGUCGCCCUCGAGGAAGGAGCCCGAAGCCAUCGCACUUCUAACCAAAUGCGCUCCGGGGGUCGAAUUCACACUCGCCAAUGACAACCAUAAAAUCCACAGUGUCAGGUUAGGAGAAAAGACUGGUGUGUGAGGUCUAACAUAAGAGAUCAAUAAGUGAACGGAACUGGAAAGGCGAAGCCACCUAGUGAGACAGAGCCGUCGCAGCACCUAGCGUAGGGAAGUCAUGGAAAUACGGGUAGAAUACAGCCGUCGAACCCGACUAGUACGCCUAGACACCGCGAAGGUGACCCCCUCAAUAGAAAGAAAAGCUUUAACAUCAAAGGUCUGGACUGCGGAGACUCGACUGAAAGAAACUAGGGCUGGGAUAUGCUUGCAAGGUGAUGCAGAGGGACACAGGCAGAAUAAUAGGGGCAGCACCACAUAUUUGUGGGCAAGGCAAGAUAGACAGCGCCCGCAAUUUAUAUGCAUACUUAAAUGGGUAGCCAAACCAGGGUCAUACCAUGGUAAUGGCACAGACAGUGCAGGCCAAUCAAGGGGCACAGACAUAGCAGGCCAAUCUUGAGACACAGAUAAAGCAGGCCAAUCAUGGGGCACAGACACCGCAGGUCCAUCUUGGAGCGUAGUUGAGGGCAGGCCAAAUCCAUGUGAUGUACAAGAGUGAUGUACAGGAAUGAUGUACGGUCUGUGAAAUAUGGCAGAAUACAUUGUCAGCUUCAGUGUAGAGCAAUCAUAAAAUGUAACUGCCAAGUAAGCAGGAGGCUUACCACCACUAGCAAGUGAAUACAAUUGAAAAGUUACUGAUACACUUACAAAGAUAUGCAUUAAUGAAAUGUGGACACAAGGCCUGUAAAACAAAACAAGACAGACUGUUUAUCACCUGCCCAGAACAAGGGAAAACCAAACUGAAAAGUUAACCACACAGAGAACAAAGUGUUAACUGCACAAUAGUAUGGUGACAACCUAGCAUACAAUUCCCAGCUCCAUAAUACCCUAUACAUGUGUGCGCUCCAGCUAUGGAGCAGAAGAAAGAGGGAAACAGGAACACGUUGUGUGCACCUCCAGGUCUAAUGUGGGAGCAACGACUCCUGGCUUCACUCUGUUCCCCCUCCUGUCUCCGUGUAUUUGCAGCCCUAGCCACACCUCCCCUGGCUAUGAUUGACAGAGCCUGCAUGAAAAAAAAACUGGUUUCACUUUCAAACAGAUGUAAUUUACCUUAAAUAAUUGUAUCUCAAUCUCUAAAUUGAACUUUAAUCACAUACAGGAGGCUCUUGCAGGGUCUAGCAAGCUAUUAACAUAGCACGGGAUAAGUAAAUCUUAAAGGACCACUAUCGUGCCGUGUAAAUGCAAGGAGACAGGAGGGGGAACAGAGUGAAGCCGGGAGCCGUCGCUCCCACAUGGCCGUAUAGUGAAAGGGUUAACUAUAUUGGUUAACAUCUCUCUGUGCAUAACAGCAUGGGAUGUUAAAGGGACACUAUAGUCACCUGAACAACUUUAGCUUAAUGAAGCAGUUUUGGUGUAUAGAACAUGCCCCUGCAGCCUCACUGCUCAAUCCCCUGCCUUUAGGAGUUAAAUCCCUUUGUUGAUGAACCCUAGUCACACCUCUCUGCAUGUGACUUGCACAGCCUUCCAUAAACACAUUCUUUAAAGAGAGCCCUAUUUAGGAAUUCUUUAUUGCAAGUUCUGUUUAAUUAAAGGACCACUCUAGGCACCCAGACCACUUCAGCUUAAUGAAGUGGUCUGGGUGCCAGGUCCCUCUAGGGUUAACCCAUUUUUUUUUAUAAACAUAGCAGUUUCAGAGAAACUGCUAUGUUUAUAAAUGGGUUAAGCCUUCCUCCAAAGCCUCUAGCGGCUGUCUCAUUGACAGCCGCUAGAGGCGCUUGCGUGAUUCUCACUGUGAAAAUCACAGUGAGAGCACGCAAGCGUCCAUAGGAUAGCAUUGCAGCUCUUGCCGCACAUGCGCAUUCUGCCGAAUGUGCGGAGAGGAGGAGGAUCGGAAGAGGAGAGCUCCCCGCCCAGCGCUGGAAAAAGGUAGGUUUUAACCCCUUUCCCCUUUCCAGAGCCGGGCGGGAGGGGGUCCCUGAGGGUGGGGGCACCCUCAGGGCACUAUAGUGCCAGGAAAAUGAGUGUUUUCCUGGCACUAUAGUGGUCUUUUAAGAUUUACUUAUCCCCUGCUAUGUUAAUAGCUUGCUAGACCCUGCAAGAGCCUCCUGUAUGUGAUUAAAGUUCAAUUUAGAGAUUGAGAUACAAUUAUUUAAGGUAAAUUACAUCUGUUUGAAAGUGAAACCAGUUUGUUUUCAUGCAGGCUCUGUCAAUCAUAGCCAGGGGAGGUGUGGCUAGGGCUGCAUAAACAGAAACAAAGUGAUUUAACUCCUAAAUGACAGUGAAUUGAGUAGUGAAAUUGCAGGGGAAUGAUCUAUACACUAAAACUGCUUUAUUUAGCUAAAGUAAUUUAGGUGACAAUAGUUUUCCUUUAAUAAUAGGCAGUUGUAUGUUUCAUGUAACAUAUUUGACUCUGAUAAAUAUUCAUGUAUAUGCAGCAGCUGAGAAUACCCAGACUGCUCCAUUAGACAGAGUGUAUUCCAAUAUAAUACACAUAAUCCCAUUGGGGAAACCCCCCCCCAGCACAAGUUAACCCAAACCCCUCGACUGGAGAAGGAUACCGUGUGGGGGAGGGUACCUAAGGCAGACCGGUAGCUACCGCUUCCACGUGGCAAGCCUCUAACCCCUCUCCUCCUUCGCCACACGUGGGCCGCAAUACCGGAAGCUAUUUUCUCUCGGCCCGGCGACGGGGAAGGUAGGCGAUAUGAAGAGAGGGGAAAGGCCCAGGUGAUGGGUCCCGAGCAGCGGCGUGAGGCCAACUGCCGCAGGACACAACAUGUGGGGCCGCUGUCGUGUGGGCGAUCGGAGGAGGCGGCUAAAUAGCCGUCUCCUGCGACGUUUGCAAAAGAAAAGCCCACAGACAAGGAAAACAGAGAGGAAAAGGGAGAGAGAAAACCUGGUUAGCACCCAGGCAGUGAAGGCAUAAAAGAAACAUCAUCUAAAGGAAGGCAUAUUGGCAAACAAAAAAUACACAGGAUCUCUAACCAAACAGACACCAAGUAUACACAAAAGAUACCCCAAAAACACCAUAUAUAUAUAUAUAUAUACCCCAAAUAUACAAUAUACAUAUAUACACAAUAAAUACACCAUAUAUACAUAAAAUAUACACCCUAUAUACACAAUAUAUACACUAUAUACACACACAUAUAGAUAAUUCCAUAAAAUCCCACAGCCACCCACUAAGAACAGGAGGCAGUGCUACUCUGACCUAUGCUUGAUGUGGAGCAGCAAAGAAAGAGGAAGUAGUUGGUUGGGAUGGGACCUUUAUUGUAUAUUACUUUUUUCUGAUUGGUAGUUUUUUUCUCUGUAUUAAUGUGCUGCUGUGAAGUUCUAGUAAAGAGAGACUUAAACAAAUACAGUUGCAAGAAAAAGUAUGUGAUCCCUUUGGAAUGAUAUGGAUUUCUGCACAAAUUGGUCAUAAAAUGUGAUCUGAUCGUCAUCUAAGUCACAACAAUAGACAAUCACAGUCUGCUUAAACUAAUAACGCACAAAUAAUGAAAUGUUGCCAUGUUUUUAUUGAACACACCAUGUAAACAUUCACAGUGCAGGUGGAAAAAGUAUGUGAACCCCUAGACUAAUGACAUCUCCAAGAGCUAAUUGGAGUGAGAUGUCAGCCAACUGGAGUCCAAUCAAUGAGAUGAGAUUGGAGGUGUUGGUUACAGCUGCCCUGCCCUAUAAAAAACACACACCAAUUCUGGGUUUGCUUUUCACAAGAAGCAAUGCCUGAUGUGACUGAUACCUUGCACAAAAUAGCUCUCAGAAGACCUGCAAUUAAGAAUUGUUGACUUGCAUAAAGCUGGAAAGGGUUAUAAAAGUAUCUCCAAAAGCCUUGCUGUUCAUCAGUCCACGGUAAGACAAAUUGUCUAUAAAUGGAGAAAGUUCAGCACUGCUGCUACUCUCCCUAGGAAUGGCCGUCCUGUAAAGAUGACUGCAAGAGCACAGCGCAGACUGCUCAAUGAGGUGAAGAAGAAUACUAGAGUGUCAGAUAAAGACUUACAAAAGUCACUGGCAAAUGCUAACAUCCCUGUUAGCGAAUCUACAAUACGUAAAACACUAAACAAGAAUGGAUUUCAUAGGAGGAUACCACAGAGGAAGCCACUGCUGUCCACACAAAACAUUGCUGCACGUUUACAGUUUGCACAAGAGCACCUGAAUGUUCCACAGCAGUACUGGCAAAAUAUUCUGUGGACAGAUGAAACCAAAGUUGAGUUGUUUGGAAGAAACACACAACACUAUGUGUGCGAAAAAAAGGCACAGCACACCAACAUCAAAACCUCAUCUCAACUGUGAAGUAUGGUGGUGGGGGCAUCAUGGUUUGGGGCUGCUUUGCUGUGUCAGGGCCUGGACGGAUUGCUAUCAUCGAAGGAAAAAUGAUUUCCCAAGUUUAUCAAGACAUUUUGCAGGAGAACUUAAGGCCAUCUCUCUACCAGCUGAAGCUCAACAGAAGAUGGGUGUUGCAACAGGACAAUGACCCAAAGCAUAGAAGUAAAUCAACAACAGAAUGGCUUAAACAGAAGAAAAUAUGCCUUCUGAAGUGGCCCAGUCAGAGUCCUGACCUCAACCCGAUUGAGAUGCUGUGGCAUGACCUCAAGAAAGCGAUUCACACCAGACAUCCCAAGAAUAUUGCUGAACUGAAACAGUUCUGUAAAGAGGAAUGGUCAAGAAUUACUCCUGACCGUUGUGCACAUCUGAUCUGCAACUACAGGAAAGUUUGGUUGAAGUUAUUGCUGCCAAAGGAGAUUCAACCAGUUAUUAAAUCCAAGGGUUCACAUACUUUUUCCACCUGCACUGUGAAUGUUUACAUGGCGUGUUCAAUAAAAACAUGGCAACAUUUCAUUCUUUGUGUGUUUAUUAGUUUAAGCAGACUGUGAUUGUCUAUUGUUGUGACUUAGAUGAUGAUCAGAUCACAUUUUAUGACCAAUUUGUGGCGAAAUCAAUAUCAUUCCAAAGGGUUCACAUACUUUUUCUUGUAAAUGUAUGAAGCCUCCUGUCAUGUUAUAAAAUUACCUCUAUCCUGGCAUACCAUUGUCAAAAGUAGACAACCCAGGAUAUUUAAAAUGGGUUAUGUCCAGUCCUUUUUAGAACCACUUAGUUGCAAACAUGAGUUAAAGUUAGUGUUCAUAUUCAUCUUUGUUUUUUUAAUUUUUCACAAACAAACCGCUAUUUCACCAAUGACAUCAUCAUCAUUAUACAUUUUACUGCUCCAAAACACUCAUAUUUGUUUUAAACAAUGUCUCAUGAGUACAACAGUACCUCCAUGUACAGGUUUUAUGGGGUUUUAGAAAGUUACAGGGUCAAAUUUAGGGCUUGUCCAUUUCAGUUUGCCAGAUUCAGUUUGCCAGAUAGUUUGUUGGGCCUAUGUUGUCUUUGAGAUCAUAUGGCAGAACAGGGAGGAGAAUUAUCCCCAUCUUGGCAUGGGGUAUUUUUAUCAAUCUUUGUUUUUAUUGAGGCAAAUAAGUGUAAUAAUACAGAAACAAACACAAAUGGGGCUAUGACAUGUGGGAAAUCAAUAGAUGUAAAAUGAAAACAACUCCCUGAUAUGACAGCCUCACUCAUUUUUAAAAUAAGAUAAAAUAAAAUAUAAUAAAUGUACACAAUCCACAGUUAAGACAUAUAACAUUUAAUACCUUGAAAACAUUUGGUAAAAACAGUAGGAUAAUAAAGUGAUACAAGUAGAAUCAGUCAUAGGAUUGUGGUUUACUGGCAGCAAGGAAGGUACUUUGUUGGCGAGCAAAUCCUUAGUCAGGAGUUUCAGAGAAAGUCUUCAGUCCAUGGUGGCUUUAGACAAAUCAGGGAUAUGUCCAGUCUUUUUUAAUAGCCCCUUAGUCACAAACACUGGUCUAAGGUAUUGUUCAUAUUUUUUUUUUUUGCAUUUUUCACACAAAAACUGCACUUUGACUGAUGAUAUCAUCAUCAUUAUACAUUUUACAGUUUUAAUACACUCAUAUUUUUACAGGAACAAAAUCCCAUGUAUAGGAUUUAUGGGGUUUGGAAAGUUAUGCAGGAUUAAAUUCUCUGGACUGUCUGCCAGGGUUGUCAGACGGGUCCCUCAAUAUAUAAUUAAUUAAAAAAAACACAUAGUUAUAUUAAAGUAAUAUAUAUAUAUAUAUAUAUAUAUAUAUAUAUAUAUUUACACACACACUAUUUAAAUACACUGAAUAAAAUUAAAAACACAACACUUUUUUUUGCCUGCAUUUUUCAUGAGCUGAACUCAAAGAUCUGAAACUUUUUCUAUGUACACAAAAGGCUUAUUUCUCUCAAAUAUUGUUCACAAAUCUGUCUAAAACUGUCUUAGUGGGCACUUCUCCUUUGCUGGGAUAAUCCAUACACCUCACAGGUGUGGCAUAUCAAUAUGCUGAUUAGACAGCAUGAUUAUUGCACAGGUGUGCCUUAGACUGGCCACAAUAAAAGGUCACUCUAAUUUUGUUCAGUGUAUGUAUAUAUACAUAUAUAUAUAUAUAUAUAAUUUCAUUUUGAGUGUAUUUUGAUAAUAUAUAUAUAUAUUUUAUUAUGUAUUUUGAUAUUAAUAUUCAUUAAUAUCAAAAUACACUAAGAAUAAAAUGAUAUACAUAGUACAUAUUUAUAUAUCCUUUUAUAUUUAAUAUAAGAUUUAUUUUUUCUUUAUUUCAAUGUUGGGAGAUCCGCCUGACAACCCAGGUAGUCCCACUGAUUUUAGCUGCCAAUCCAGUCAUGAGAUUGCGCAGUCGUCAGGCAGCUACAUCGGAAAGUACAUAUCCAGGCCGGGGGAGGCUACCAAUCAGUAGGGUGUACUGAGCCAGCCUAAUGGCAUUAAAGCCCUAAUAUUUCCCUAACAGUGUUAGUGGGUUAAAAGGGAACUGUGAUUUUCAGAGAGGUGAACGUUUGUUGUUCAUUUAACCAAGUAAAUGCUAUUGCAUCAUUUACUGGGGUGAAUAACGAAGUUGAGGUUAGUAAAAAUAACGUCCAUAUAUAAUAUAGCAUGCACACUAUAACAACUUCCACUGUUAAGUACAAUAAGACUUUAAUCAAUAGACAAAUCACAAUUUCAGACAGAAAACAAUAAUAGACAAAUUAACAGAAAUAUAGGCCAACAGUAAUGCACAAGUACUAUACCAAAAAUCUUUCAUGCCCCAAGGCAGAAACACAAGUCACCAACUCCCCCAAAUGUUUUGGUACCAACUGGUUGCCUUUAUCAAGUGUACCCUUAUAUACACGAGAAAGACAGAGAAAGACAGGCAACAGAGGGUUGUAGUUAAUGGAAUAUAUUCGAAGCUUGGACUUGUCACCAGUGGGGUACCUCAGGGAUCUGUACUUGGACCCAUUCUCUUUAAUAUUUUUAUUAGUGAUAUUGCAGAAGGUCUUCAUGGUAAGGUAUGUCUUUUUGCUGAUGAUACUAAGAUAUGUAACAGGGUUGAUGUUCCAGGAGGAAUAAGCCAAAUGACAAAUGAUUUAGGUAAACUAGAAAAAUGGUCAGAAUUGUGGCAACUGACAUUUAAUGUGGAUAAGUGCAAGAUAAUGCAUCUUGGACGUAAAACCCAAGGGCAGAGUACAGAAUAUUUGAUAGAGUCCUAACCUCAACAUCUGAGGAAAGGGAUUUAGGGGUGAUUAUUUCUGAUGACUUAAAGGUAGGCAGACAAUGUAAUAGAGCAGCAGGAAAUGCUAGCAGAAUGCUUGGUUGUAUAGGGAGAGGUAUUAGCAGUAGAAAGAGGGAAGUGCUCAUGCCAUUGUACAGAACACUGGUGAGACCUCACUUGGAGUAUUGUACACAGUACUGGAGACCGUAUCUUCAGAAGGAUAUUGAUACCUUAGAGAGGGUUCAGAGAAGGGCUACUAAACUGGUUCAUGGAUUGCGGGAUAAAACUUACCAGGAAAGGUUAAAGGAUCUUAACAUGUAUAGCUUGGAGGAAAGACGAGACAGGGGGGAUAUGAUAGAAACAUUUAAAUAUAUAAAGGGAAUCAACACAGUAAAGGAGGAGACUAUAUUUAAAAGAAGAAAAACUACCACAACAAGAGGACAUAGUCUUAAAUUAGAGGGACAAAGGUUUAAAAAUAAUAUCAGGAAGUAUUACUUUACUGAGAGGGUAGUGGAUGCAUGGAAUAGCCUCCAGCUGAAGUGGUAGAGGUUAACACAGUAAAGGAGUUUAAGCAUGUGUGGGAUAGGCAUAAGGCUAUCCUAACUAUAAGAUAAGGCUAGGGACUAAUGAAAGUAUUUAGAAAAUUGGGCAGACUAGAUGGGCCGAAUGGUUCUUAUCUGCCGUCACAUUCUAUGUUUCUAUGUUUCUAUUAAGUCCAAAGCCACCUCCCUCUCCGUGAUUAGUUAAUUAUUGGAGUCCUACUGGGAUUUGGUCGCCAUCUUGCCAUGUUUCCCAGCAAGCUGGAUCCUUGUCUUAGGUCCAGGGUGACAGCGAUACCCAGCUAAGCUGCGGCGGCUUAGGGGCUGCAGUGCUUAUGGUGUUCGGUGCGGUGCUUAUAGUACUCAAGGCUCCUAGGAAGCAGCGAUUGGCGGAGGCACCCAGUCGGGGCGGCAGGCAGUCCGUCACAUGGUGGAACACAACAAGCAUGAGUAUUGUAGGUGCUACAAUAUGUACAGUAUUUCUAAACGUCCUUUCUUCUCAUGUUGACUGACCGUUUCUGCUUUUCCGUGAAUCAUAGUUUAAUAUAAUUUUUAUAUAGUUAUAUCAACGUGCUUCUUAUGGGCAAGUCUUUUUCUAGAGAGAUAAUACCUAGAGAUAAGUAUUAUAUAAAUACAAACAUACAUACAAAAAUGCAUAUAAACCUAAACCAUUGCUCAAUGUGUUUAAACUUAAAUCUAUUUGAAGCUAAAGUGCUUUAGUGAACCGCAAACUAUUUACAGUUUAAGACAUGACGUUAAAGAGACAAUGAAAACCCUUAGAGAGGGUUCAGAGAAGGGCUACUAAACUGGUUCAUGGAUUGCGGGAUAAAACUUACCAGGAAAGGUUAAAGGAUCUUAACAUGUAUAGCUUGGAGGAAAGACGAGACAGGGGGGAUAUGAUAGAAACAUUUAAAUAUAUAAAGGGAAUCAACACAGUAAAGGAGGAGACUAUAUUUAAAAGAAGAAAAACUACCACAACAAGAGGACAUAGUCUUAAAUUAGAGGGACAAAGGUUUAAAAAUAAUAUCAGGAAGUAUUACUUUACUGAGAGGGUAGUGGAUGCAUGGAAUAGCCUUCCAGCUGAAGUGGUAGAGGUUAACACAGUAAAGGAGUUUAAGCAUGCGUGGGAUAGGCAUAAGGCUAUCCUAACUAUAAGAUAAGGCCAGGGACUAAUGAAAGUAUUUAGAAAAUUGGGCAGACUAGAUGGGCCGAAUGGUUCUUAUCUGCCGUCACAUUCUAUGUUUCUAUGUUUCUAAAAAUAAAUCGGGACCCUCAAAAAAGCAAAUAUUGCUGCCGAAGGAAUUCCCCCCAAAAUAAGCCUGAAUUACUAGAAUGCAAGAAUAGCAAAAAUGUGCAACAAACUAGUCACUCUUUUACUGUUAUUUACUAAAGUGUGAUUUCUUAGGAAUUCUGAUUAAAAGUGAACUUAAAAUUGUAUGCCAAAACAACUGAAUUGGAAGAAUUCUGACACUUUUAAAGUUCCACACAAAACAGUUACUGUACAAUUUAAAAGCAAUUAGUUUAGAUUAAAUAAUUUGUCUUGUGGAUGUAUUUUGGCUUAAAGGAAUGCUAUAUUGUCCCUCUGCUCCCAUGCCCUUUCUCCCCCGGUCUUUCCCCCCAGUCAAGAAAUCCCUUUUUUUCCUUACCUGUUUUCAGAGCCAAGGUCCCUCGGUGCUGGAUAGUACUCCUCCUCCUCUGCUGUCAUCAUGGGGAUCCAGAAAUCUAAUGAGCAUGCCUUCCCCAUAGGGAAGCAUUGAAUCAAUGCUUUCCUGGUGGGUGCGGGAGGUCUGGGGGGGUUUCAAGACGCUGGACAUCCUCAUGCAAAGCAGAUUGGGUCCUAAUAAUAAUACUAAAGGAGGGACCUAGUGUCCAUCUUCAGUCCCCAUCUAUGGGAGAUGGGUGGUGGCCUCAUUAAAUUAUACAAUAAGGUAGUAUACCAUGGCAUGUCUCCCAAAAUAAUAGCAUAUACCCCCUUGGUGGCUAGGGAUCCCUAAUACCCUAGCCAUCACCUAAAUUAAAUUAAAGUCCCUUUCUACCCCCCCCCUCACUCAGAGGCCUGAUCGCAAAAAAAAAAAAUAUUCUGCCAUAAAUCUAAAUUGUGCAGCAAUAAAAAGCAAUUCAUCUUCACCCAGGGAGGGCUCGCCGCAGAAUUAACUCUGAUAAAUAGUAAGGCCUUAUAUAGGUUUUUCCUGUGCUAUGACAGUUGUGUCAAAGAGUACACCAACCAAUCAGAGCACUCUGACAGCCAACUCUCGAGUGAAAUCUCACUUGAUUUGUCCAGGUGAAAUCCAGACCAAAUUUGGGCCUGAUUUACACCAACCUGACAUUGUUGAAUGUUAGUUAUCAUAACUAAUUAGUAAUCAUUGUAAACAAGCUAGGAUAAGGAAGUCAGAUAUAAAUACAAAAUAAAUGAAUAAACAACGACCAAUACUAUCUGAAUAGCUAUAUUUCAAGUACCGAUCUUAUCCAAUUUAGUGGUUAUUUUAUUGUUUAGUAUAUAUUAAACGCUAUCUUACAGAUAUGUUUUCUUACUCAAAUUUAUGUACAUCCUUUUGAAGCUCCAGAACUUUACCGGACCGAUUUUAACAGGUUCUCCAAUGGUGAGGAACACAAAACUCAAUCCAUCCGGGGGAAGGAACUCGUAGUUCGCAGAGGAAAACCAUUUACCAUCAAGGUACUAAUUCGCUAUCGAAAAAAAGAGGAGAAGUUGGACAAGUUGAGCAUUACAGCAGAAACAGGUAAAACAGUUAUACCAAUGCACACAUUUAAAAAUACUUUACUUUUACUUGUGAUUUUUUAUUAAGAUAAACCAGAUAUAAUAAUGGGUUAUAAUGGCAGUUUUAUUCGUUCUAUAAUAAUUAAGAAUUACAGUGUUCCAGUACACUAUUAUCUAUCUUUAAAACAUUGUAUUCAAGGGUACUUUAUCAUAUUUCUUGCAAUAACCUAGAAACUAUCAUGAGCAAUUCAAUGUUCUUUGAGAUGUUAACACUACCAUAAGCAGUUUGACAUCCUGAAUCUCAAACUUUUGUAGGACUAAGUCUCCCAGAAAUCCUUGCAUGUUUUGACCAAGUGCCAAGAUUCCCCCUAUUAUUUUCUGUAAGAUCGUUGUUUACCUGUAUGACUUCCUGGUUCUUGCUGAUCCAACUCUGCCCAUGCGUCUGACAUCACACACUUCCAUAGUAAAAGGAAGCUAUGGCCACUAUCACAUUGCUCAAUCAAUUCAUUACCUAACUGUUGCCAAUUACCGAUGGAGCUCCUUCUUAUAAUCAUCUGUGUACCGAACCUCUUACCUGAUCUUGACUACGCUGACUUCUCCUCUCCCAGACUUGGAACAGACUUCACUACGAUUUCCUCUAAUCCUCAAUAUAUUACAGGGAACCAUAAUCCACACUAUUCUGGAAAGGACUUCCAUUCUCAAUAUCCAGGGAAAGCAAGCUAAGUUCUUCAGUUAUGGGUAUUAAUAAUUGGUUCAUGCCUUAAGUUAUUUGGAAGGAUAAAAGGGAAUUCAUAUGUCUGCCCUCUGAGAUCCAGUUACUUCCAAAUUGCUCUAUUGAAAGUAACCACUUCAUCUGAUUGAUCUUGCCUAAGAUAUUUUCAUAUAUUAUUACCAGAGUCUAAAAAACUGUGAUAUUUUUACCAAAUCAGGAUCUACUUAUUUUCAACAUUUGUUAUUAAAAUCUAAAGGACUGUGUAAUAUUCCUAAAACAGUAAUUGAGUGUUUUCUUAUUCAUUCUUCGAGGUCUAAUGGACUAUCAUGAUGCUUUGCCAGUAUUAUGGGUGUAAGAGCAUUAUGGGUGUAAGAGCAUUAUGGGGGAUGUAGUCCACAACAUCUGGAUUGCCAAAGGUUGCCUACCUCUGGACUAUACUAUCUAUUCUUAAUUAGGAGUUAACUUGUUUAUUUAUUUCUGCUGAACUCUAUUUUCUGUGAAGCAAUCCUAAACAAGAUUUACCAUUGCUUAUUAUUUUCCAUGUAUAUUGCUGCAGAAGAUUGUUAAAGGGAAAAUUCCUAAAUUCAAUAGAUCAAACUUUCUUAAAGUGACAGUAUAAAAUAUAUUCUUUCACUUGCAGUUGAGUUCCAAAUGAAGUUUUUCUAAAAGUAUUACACCAAGACUAAACACCCCAUUCUAACCUCUCACUAAGUACAAAGGUGCAAUAGUUGUUUUUUUUUUUUUUUUCUGUGUUGGCUGUGUCUUACAGAUCCAUGUUCAUCUUUUACAGGUCCAAAUCCAUCAAGUCAAAAUGGGACACAAGCUUAUUUUCCAGUGUGUGAACUCAAAGAUAGCAAAUCAUGGAGUGCUAAGCUGGAAAGUGCAAAUGAUGUAUCUUUAUCAAUCACCAUAUGUUCUCCAGCAACAGCCUGCAUUGGACGCUACAGUUUGUUUCUGGAAGGCACUUACCAAGGAGUGGUUCAGUCCUACAAUUUGGGUACCGUAAUUCUUCUAUUCAAUGCGUGGUGCCCAGGUAAAGAGCUUUAGAGUUUAAACUAUAUUAGCUACUGAUUUUGGUUGUAGUAGGUAAUCAAGCCUUUGGGUAAAUAAAGUUUUGUCCCUGAUGUCCAAGAUCACAGCUCACAAACAUUAUUGCAUAAACAGAACAAUCAAUAAUGAAAUGUUGACAAAACAUUUUUAUUACAUAAAAUGUAAUAAAGGAAAAGGGAGAACAUCAAAUCGCUGUCAACAUCAUUUUGUCAGGUAAAGGCACAUAUGAUGAAUGCAGGAGUCUUCAUAAAUAGUAAAUUAGAAGAAAGGGAUGAUAAUAUAGUCUCAUAUCUAUAUAUUAGCAGUAAAUCUAGAGAUAUAUCUAGAGACAAAUAGCAAAGGAAAUUAUGCACUGAAAAUAUCCACAUCAGCCAUUGUGCUUAAGUUACAUUUUAUCACACUUUGGUUAAAUAUUAAAUUAUGAAAAUUAUAAGCAUUGUUAGUACAUGCCUCCAUUAAUUAUGAGCUAUAUUAUAUUUAAGGGUCUCAUAGCACCAGACAUUUGCAGUGCAGUGAAUACAGAGUGUGUGUUUGUGUAGCGGAUGCAGUGUGUAUAGUGGACACAGAGUGUGUUUGAGUAGUGGAUGUAGUGUGUGUACAGUGAUGUAGUGUGUGUUUGUGCAGUGGAUGUAGUUUUUGUGUGUACUAGAUGCAAUGUAUUUAGUGGAUGCAGUGUCUGUAGUGAUAUAGUGCGUGUAUUAGACGCAGUGUCUCUGUAUAGUGAAUGCAGAGUGUUUGAAUGUGUGGUGGAUGUAGUGUGUGUACUGUGAAUACAGGAUGUUUGUGUAGUGGAUGCUGUGUGUAUAGUUAAUGCAGAGUGUGUGUCAGUGUAGUGAAUGCAGAGUGUGUGUCAGUGUAGUGAAUGCAGAGUGUGUCAGUGUAAUGAAUGCAGAGUGUGUGUCAGUGUAAUGAAUGCAGAGUGUGUGUCAGUGUAGUGAAUGCACAGUGUGUGUCAGUGUAGUGAAUACAGAGUGUGUGUCAGUGUAGUGAAUGCAGAGUGUGUGCAUUUUCCCCUCCCCCACAUUAAAUCCCCCACAGUAAAUCUAAUUUUGAGGGCAAGACAACAACUUAAACUCUUUGUCAUGUUCUUUGAACCAUUCCUGAACCCUUUCUGCAGUGUGGCAGGGUGCAUUAUUCUGCUGAAAUAGGCCACUGCUAGGAGAUAAUGUUGUCAUGAAGGUCUGCAACAAUUUCUAGGUAGGUGUUACGUGUCAAAGUAACAUAAACAUGAAUGCAAGAACCCAUGGUUUUUUAGCAAAACAAUGUCCAGAUCAUACCACUGCCUCCACUGGCUUGCCUUCUUCCCAUAGUGCAUCCUGCUACCAUCCCUUUCCCAGGUAAACAAUGCACACACCCAGCCACCCACCUUAUCUAAAAGAAAACAUGAUUCAUUAGACCAAGCAAACUUUGCUCCAUGGUCCAGCUCCCAUGGCAGGCAGGGCUGGCCUUAGGGGUGUGUGAGCUGUGCGACAGCACAGGGUGCCAUGUGUGCAGGGGGUGCCAUGGUGCCGACAUAGUUCACACAUGCCCCAGGUGAAAGGAGUGAGGGCAUGUAGAGGGUAACCCUACACUGCAGAUCUGCACACCUGGGUGGAAAACGUCAUUAUUCUCCACCCGGGACUAUAAAAAAACCUAAAAAGGCUGCGGGGCUGGAGCUUCAUGCAUGGCAUGUGUGGAGUUUAAUGAGGUAUGGAGGCGCAGCUAAAAGCACCCCUGCCCUUAACCUCUGCACACUAAGUAUGAAGCAAAAAGAAGCCCCUGCGUCUCCAACUGCCAGGUAACAGGAACUGCAGUGCCUUCUCUCCUCACUCCAGUCCAUAAUGGCAAGAGGUGUAUGUGUGUGUGACUGUUUGUAGAUGUGUGUGUGACUGUAUGUAACUAUGUGUGUGUGUAACUGUGUGUGUAACUGCCUGUAACUGUGUGUAUGUAAAUGUAUGUGACUGCCUGUAACUGUGUGUGUGUGUGACUGUCUGUAGCAAUGUUACACUGUCUGUAAGACUGUCUGUAAGUGUGUGAGUGUCACUAUCUGUGUUUGUGUCUGUGUGUGUGUGUGGGACAGUCUGUAACUGUUUGUGUGUGUGUGUGUGUGUGUGUGUAUGAGUGCAUGUAACUGUGUGUGUAAUUGCCUGUAAGUGUUAGUGACUGGAUGUAACUGUGUGUGUCUGUCUUUAACUGUUGUGUGUCACUGCCUGCAGCUGUGUGUGUGUAUCUUUGUGCCUGUAACUGUGUGUAUGUCUGCCUUUAACUGUGUGUGUGUGACUAUCUAACUGUGUGUAUGUGUGUGAGACUGUCUGUCUGUAACGGUGUAUGUGUGUGACUGUCUAACUAUGUGUGUGUGUAACUGUCUGCCUGUAAUGAUCUGUGUGUGACUGUUGGUAACUGUGUGUAUGUGACCGUCUGCCUCUAAUGGUUUGUGUGGGUGACUGCCUGCAACUGGGUAUGUUUAUCUGUCUGCCUGUAACAGUGUGUAUGUGUGUGUGACUGUCUGCCUGCAACGGUAUGUGUGUGUCACUGUCUAGCUGUGUGUAUGUGUGUGUGACUGUCUGCCUGUAACAGUCUGUGUAUGACUAUCUAACUGUGUGUAUGUGUGUGGCUGUCUGCCUGUAACGGGUGUGUGACUGUCUAACUGUGUGUAUGUGUGUGUGACUGUCUGCCUCUAACAAUGUGUGUGUGUGACUGUCUGCAACUGUGUAUGUGUAUCUCUCUGCCUUUAACAGUGUGUGCAUGUGUAUGACUGUGCCUAUUACUGUUUGUGUGUGACUGUCUGCCUGUAACUUUGUGUGCUUGACAGAUUCCCAGCACACUGGACCACUAAAGAUCAGCAUGCAAGGUACCAACAGGGAAGGGGGAAUAAUAUUUGUUUUGAAAUAAUAAUUAAUUUAAUAAAUCCCUUAUAGAAACACUACACCCCUAUACACACACUAUACAUGAUGAGGUAUGAUCAGGGGUGCAGCGAAAAUAUUUCGUACAGGGUACCUAAUGGCCUAAAGCCGGCACUCUGACAGGUCUGCGGCUACGCAUCCUAAUACACAGCUAACUGCAAUACAUUGUGUGUUCUGACACCUUUCAAUUAUGGCAUGGAACAAGGAGCCCUAACUGGAGCUAUUUUCCUUGAUUUUGCUAAGGCCUUUGACACAGUAGACCACGACAUUCUACUGCACAAACUCGAAAACUCAGGUAUUGGUGAUCAUUCUUUAAACUGGUUUCGAUCGUAUGUAUCGGAUCGCUCGCAAUAUGUGUCCAUUUCUGACAGUGACUCCCUCCCUCUCCCAGUCACGUGUGGUGUUCCUCAGGGUUCCAUUCUUGGCCCCCUACUAUUUACAUUAUUUAUAAAUGAUCUGCCUAAUUUCUGCCAAUCCUCAAAUGUACACACGUACGCAGAUGACACGGUAAUCUAUGCGAGCAAAUCCAAUCUACCGCAACUUGAGGCUUUGCUCCAAGACCAGUUUACAGAGGUAGAAAAGUGGAUCGCAAAAAACAAACUCUUCCUGAACACUGACAAAACUGUCACAAUGAUCUUUGGAACAGUACCUAAAUUACACAAAUUACACAAUCCCCACCUAUCCAUCAAAACAAAUUCAAAUGGCACACUGACCGCAGUCCACUCUUUCAAAUACUUGGGUAUGAUAUUAGACCCCAAUCUAUCUUUUGGCCUGCACAUAGAAAAGCUUGCAUCUAAACUUUAUCCAAAAUUAGGUGCCCUGUACAGAAACAAAGCCUGUCUAAGCCCUACAGUAAAGGAAAAGAUUGUACAGCAAAUGCUGAUGCCAAUCAUUGAUUAUGGGGAUGUAGUAUAUGCGUCUGCAUCGCAAUCCCACAUUAAUAAACUCAACACAUUGUAUAACUCGUUCUGCCGAUUUGUGCUACAAUGUAAUUACAGGACCCAUCAUCCUGACAUGCUAAAGGAACUAAACUGGCUGUCGCUGGAAUCCAGACGCACCCUUCAUCUUUCCAGCCUUGUUUUUAAGAGCUUUUCUCGGAAACUCCCACCCUACCUGAACAAAAUGCUUUCCCCAGCUGUUCCCACUUUCUAUAACCUACGAUCCAGUACAAGCACUUUACUUAGUCUACCUCAAUACAAAAAGAAAGCAGCCUGAUCCUCCUUUUCCUACAGAGCGCCGCAAUUGUGGAAUGACCUCCCGCACAAUUUAAAAUCUUCCCUAAGCCUAAAGUCAUUUAAGAGAUCCCUCUCUACAUACCUCAAAACAGAAUGCACGUGUCAUGGUUGAUUAUAUAUUUCCUGCCUGUUCUAUGUUAAAAAUUUUGUAUAUAUUGUGUAUUAAUAUUGUUUUUGUAUUUUGUUGUACCUAAUGUAACAAUGCAAUGAUUUGUGGACCCAGGACAUACUUGAAAACGAGAGAAAUCUCAAUGUAUCUUUCCUGGUAAAAUAUUUUAUAAAUAAUAUGGCUAGCAUUAUGUUUUUCGUAAAUCUUAAUCUACAGUAGCUCUUGAGUUAUCGGGCCAGAUGAGAUAGCCUUUGUUCCCCACGUGCAUUAAUGAGUCUUGUGCCCCUUACGCUGCUUCACCAGUUGUCCUUCUUUGCAUUACUUUUGGUAGCUAUGAACCACUGCAUACUGGGAACAGCCAACAGUACUUGCCUUUGUGGAGAUGCUCUGAGUAGUCUAGCCAUCACUAUUUGGCCCUUGUCAAAGCCACUUAGAUCUUUUCACUUGCCCAUUUUUCCUGCUUCCAACACACAACAUUUAAAAACUGUUCACUUGCCUUCUAAUAUAUCCCACCCCUUGACAGGUGCCAUUGAAAUGAUCCUAUCAAUGUUAUUCACUUCACCUUUCAGUGGUUUUAAUGUUGUGGCUGAUCAGUGUAGUGUAUGAUGCCAUGUUAACAUCAAAUAAUAGAACAUUGUGGUUUCUAAACUAUGAAGCUAUUAAUGUGAAAAAGUGCAAUCUUCAUCAUUUUAAACAUACCACCACUGAUUUCCUUACCACCGAUCGGUGCCACAUUAACUCGAUUUUGUUUUAGCUCUAGUACAAACAUUAUUGUUUUAAAGGAGGAUUUUAAAGUACUCAAAUGUAUUUUUCUACUCCAUGCAUGUUUAUCCAUAUAUAUUAAAGUUAAUGAAUUUAAAAAUGCUUUUUCUAUUUUCCUGAUGUCUUACUUUCUUCCUUUUCCUUUUUUUCUUUUCUCCUUCCUUAUUGCAAUCACCAGCAGAAAGGCUGUACUAGGUAACCCACUUUAUUAUUAGCCAAAAAAACUCAACAGAAAAAAAGAAAAUGUAUAUAUCAGGGGGUCUCGUUUUCCUUUCUCUUUAUUUUAUUUUAUUUCUCCUUCCAAUACUUAUUUUUUCCUUCUUUCUUUUAUUUUAUGUUAAGUGAACCAGGUAAACAUAAAAUAACAGAACUUAGCUUGCCAAAGUUCAAUAUCAGUCACUAUAAACGCAACACUUCUAACGGUCCCUGCUUUCACAUUGAUUGCAUUAUCUCCCCUCCUGUUACAUCAUUACGCCCUGUCCAUUCCGAUCAAGAGUGCAGCUGCACUUCCUUUUAGCCAUCGAGAGGGAUUUAGCAAACAGAGGCGUUCACGCAAUGCGUGUUGGGCAUUUUUGUGAGGUCUCUUUCGAUGACUGGAGGGAGAAGCGCGUCUGCGCAGAGCAUGUGGUUGUGUUGCCUGGCAGCUUCCUUCUUUCUUCAUAUUGCUCCAUUGUAAGGAGGUUCCGUUGUGACAUCAUGGGCUUCUGUGUGCCAAUCUACGUCACUGGAGCUUCCCCAGGUGGGUACAAAAGAAGCCAGAGACCUGAGAUGUAGCAAAGACAUAACUCCUUGCCUGCACCAAGGGCACCUCCAACAACCACCACACCUGUACCCACCUGGUCAGUCAUUAUCUGCCACCGCCCACCAUGAAAGAUUGAAUUGCCCACUAGUGGGCAGGAGAGACCAGGUUGACUACCACUGUCCUGGACAAAGCCAUCCAGCACUCGUUCUAAAUGUGAAAAUUCCUGCAAAAAAAAAAAGCAUGAAAAAUUCCUAGUUAAAUUUAAUUUCAGAAGCUGACUCAAAGUCAUAUGCUUUCUUUUGGGGUGUAAUAAUUUGGGAUGUUAAAAUUUUUAAUCAGAAGCUAAUAUACAUUUGCAUAAUUUGAAACUUUUGGAUUGAUUUUUGUGUUGCAAUAUGGAAUUUAAUUUUCUUGUCUCUCUUUUCCAUAUGUAUAAUUUAUUCCUUUACUUUAUAUGUUUCAGAUGAUGAUGUCUUUCUUGAUGAUGAGACACUGAGAAAAGAAUACGUGUUGAAUGAAAAUGGGUUUUUAUAUCAAGGAAGUAAAGAUUUUAUUAGAAGUAUACCUUGGAACUUCGGACAGGUAUUAAUUUAUAUUUGAUCACAAAUAAAUUAGUCAGUGCCAGACCUUUUCUUUCUGUGGAAUUAAUCUUUGGGGUCAAAUUAGAGAUUGUAUGUUGAACUUUACUGUAAAGAUCUAAAAAUAUAAACUCUGUUUAAUUGAUACAAAAUUAUUGCAAGUGUAUUCUCAAUAAUCACAGCUGAUUUAGAGAGAUACCCUUCCACUAUUAUGCUACUCAUUUUAAAGGGUUACUCCAACCACCAUGACCAGCAUUUGUGGUUGAAAUGCAGCACAUUAGGAGAGAUAUUUGCACUUUUGCAACCUUGGAACAUGUAAUGUAGGUAGCCGGAACUCUGUUAAAUAACAAAAUAAAAAAUUCAGGCAACUUGCGCCUACUGGAAUGUGUUAACCUACAUCUUCAACACCAAUAGCCCCAAUGUUAAUUUAUCCCAGCUAAAAGGUUCUUCAAGACUAAAGAGAGCCCAAUAACUCUGGCACUAAUGGGAAGACCUUCACUGAUGUAGUACUAGGAAUUUCCCAUUGCAUUGUUACUUCAGAAGAAUCCAAUUAGUUCCACGAAGAUAAGCAGGGCUGUGCUAACUGGCUGAGGACAAAAGCUGAAUGAAGAUAUUCAGCUUCUCCUGCAGAAAAAGACUGGAUGUGGUAUGGAAGCCCUGGUAAGCUGUCAAACCAUUCGAAAAUGGUAAGGUGCUUAGGUACUUCUGGAACCAUAACCACUAAAGACAUCUAUAGUGGUUAUGGUGCGUUGAGUGUUCCUUUCAUGAAAUUAUGACUAGCUACUUAUGACUGCUGUACUUUCUUUUUCUAUUUGAUCAUUUAUUAUCUGUUCCUAUGGUUUAUCAUCUUAAUCGUGUUGUCAUUGUUUGAUUAGAACAACUUUAUAACAAUAUUAGUAUUCUGUCAUAUGAAAGGGUACACUGGGAUUUUGCCUCACAUUUGAAGACACAGACAGAACAUGUUGAUAUGUCACUCAGUCAGAUUUUUUUUUUGUAUCAUGUUACACCUUGUACUUCCUGCAUACAUUUUGUGAAGGCAAUUUUUUAAUUAUUAUUUUUUUAAUCUUCCCUUAGGCAGUUAUGUUCUACUAAUCCUCUUGGCAGGAUAGAUGUCAGUGAUUAUCUAUGCAAGCUCAAAAUCUGUGGUUUAAAUAACAUACAAAAAAAAAAAACAAUGUUGCACACAUGCUGCAGCUGGUCAAGUAGCUCUGUCACCCCACUUCCCAAAAAAAAGUCAGUUUUGCAGGUUCUCCACAGACAUCAGACAUCAGUGCUGUACACUCACGCAUGUGCGUGAGUACAGCACUGAUGUCGGCUGCUGGCGAUGAAGACCCAGGAGCUGUAGAGGACCUCAAGGAAGAAGAUGGGCAUGCCUGCAAGGGACCCAUUCAGAUAAGUAAGAACUACCUUCCACUGCACCCAAUUGCCAUCGGAAUACAAGAUAUGCAAAGAUCUCAGUAGGUGACAGUGCCUCUUUAAGAGGUAAAAUAAUAUGUGAGUUCUAGAGUUAAUAUGUUCCAAGUUUGAUGUUAAAUAAGUACAUUGUAAAAAUAAAAUAAAAAUAUUUAAAAAAAAUAUAAUGACACUUUGCAACAGAGUUCAACACACCAAUAGUUACAUACGUUAUUCACCUUUAGUUGUCCAUUGUCGAUACUAAUUUGGAGGUAAGAAAAAAUCUGCGCAAUUAGAUUGGCUCUGUUCGUUAAACAUUAUUAAGCUAAAGUAAUAAUUAAAACUCCUUUAGGGAAUUAUAAAUAUGUUUUAAAAUUUUAUAUAUAUAUAUAUAUAUAUAUAUAUAUAUAUUAUUAUUAAUCAUAUUAAGAGAUACUUGUGUUUUUAAAGGAUCACUCCAACCAGGAGUGCCAGGAUUACCCUGGAGCUCUCUAAGACUAAGAAAGACAUUUACUCACCCACAGUAAGUUUACGAAUGGUUUGAUAACUUACUUGGUUUCCCCAUGUGCCUACACCACGUCCAGUUUCUGCAGUAGGGGAAACCAGAUUUCUCCAGUGAGCUAAGCAAGGGCCGAGAUAGAGAUGACCUUUGCGCUUUAUUUAACUAUUUGGGGGCUUAAUCUAAGUUGCCCCUACAUUUUUGUAUUCCUAAUGUUAGAGUUUUCCUUUGAAAUGUUUAAGCCUAUUUAUCUUUUUAUAAAUUAUCUACUUAUUUUUAGUUCGAAGAUGGAGUUGCUGAUAUCUGCCUAAAGAUUCUAGACAUGAGCCCCAGUUUUCUUAAGGAUCCAGCAAAAGAUUGUUCUAAAAGAGGAGACCCCGUGUAUAUCAGCAGAGUCAUCUCUGCCAUGGUGAGCCAGUGAUAUAUAAAACACUUGGGUUGAAUUCCAUUUCCUGGACUUCUUUAAUGUUGUUCUAUGACUGCAUGUUUUACAGAUUAACUCUAAUGAUGAUUGUGGGGUGAUAGAAUCAAGCUGGGAAGAGUUCUUCCCAAAUGGAACACACCCAAGUGCAUGGAACGGGAGUGUCAGCAUAUUACGACAGUGGUUUAGAAGUAAUUGCAGACCUGUUAGAUAUGGCCAGUGCUGGGUCUUGGCUGGUGUCACAUGUACAGGUAAUAUAAAAUAAUUUACAAAAUGAUCACUAUUGCAAUCAUCAAUAAUAAGAUUCACUAUAUAAAACUUCACGUUUAACAAGAAAAAAUACAGCACGUUAUUACACAUGUAAAACGUAGAAUUUAUUUUUGUUUUUCUUCCCAGUUAUGCGACUUCUAGGAAUCCCAACUCGUGCAGUAACAAACUUUGAAUCAGCUCAUGAUUCAAACUACAGUUUAACCUACGAUGAGUACUAUGACGAAACUGGAAAACAACUAGACUCUCUUCAAAAAGACAGUAUCUGGUGAGAAAGAUGUAAAAUAUCAGGACUUUUUUUUAAUUAGAUUGCAUAAUAAGAAAUUAAAUACAUUAAUAAAUUAAAGGUGAUAUUGCUGAGGAUGCCCAUAAGUGGAAUGUACUGAAGUCCACCAUAAGCUGUAGAUUUUAUGUAUUGAUCAUGGGUAUGUAAUUGAGGCAUGAUGAAUGAUAGUACAAUUAUAUAAUUUUUAAAGUUAAAGGGACACUAUAGUCACCGGAACAACUACAGCUUAAUGUAGUUGUUCAGGUAUGAUCUAUAGCUCUCUGCGGGCAAUCUAAUGUAAACACUGUAUUUUCAGAGAAAAUACAGUGUUUACAUUGAUUGAUAGAAAUACCUCCAGUGGCCGUCACUCAGAUGGGCACCAGAGGGACUUCCUAUCAUGCAGGGCCCUAAAAAGGCCUUGUACACGUCAGACGUAUUAAAAUGCGUCUGACGUGUGCAGGAGAGAGAAGGCACUGUGUGCGCGCCUUCUCUCUUCUGCCCGUCAGCAGAGGAGAGGGGACGGGCAAAGACCGCGAGCUGAGCUGUCAGUCAGCUCAGCUCGUGGCCGCGCACAUGCGCGGUAGUGUGCUCAGGACUUCAGAGGGUGGCAUGAGUCCCGCCUUCUGAAAUAUGUGCGCAUGUGCGUCGAAGCCGCGCAUGCGCACAAGGGAGUAAUGACGCUUCCAAAUGGAAGCGUCUGAUUGCUCCCGCCCGCCUAUUUCGUCAUUUUGAUGAAAUGGGGCGUGGCUUCACGAGGCUCCCGGAGCUGGAACCAGGUGAGUAAACUUGUUUGCCUGCAGAGUCCCUUUAACCCCUUAAGGACACAUGACUUGUGUGACAAGUUUCCCUUUUAUUCCAGAAGUUUGGUCCUUAAGGGGUUAAGGGCAGUGGUGUAUUUUGGUUUUGUGCUUCCGUAGACAUAAAUAAACUCGAGAAGCCCUAAUCUAAAUUUGCCUCACCCCUUUUUGUCAAGGUGGCACUUCUUCCUGUUUAAGACUCACCCCUUUCUCUAUAAACUACAGCCCUUCUCCUUUAGACUCAAUUUUUUCCUCGUAGAGCUUCACCUCUUUCUACCUCAUCCUUUUAAAAACGCACACUCUCACAAAACAAUACUUGCACUUAUUGGUACACAUACCAUUAAACCAACACACAUUUUAUUGACAGACAGCCAAUAAAACAGUUCUCUGUUUGAUUAACGAUAUAUCUACACAAUUCAAAAUAAAUCCAAACAGAAGAUUUUGCUGUACAUCUGAAAAAUAAAGACAUCACAUUGCAAAUUCAUACUAAGUAUACCAAAUUGACUUCUCUAAAGUUUGAAUAGAAAAUAGAAUAAAACACAUCCCUUGUGAUGAGAGAUAAUAUAUCCCGUGCUUUCAAAGAGAAGUGAUAAAAACAGAUAAAAAAUAAAUAAAAUUAAUUAAAUCUACAAAAAGAUCAAUCCAAAAGUUUCACAAGUGAAAAGUCACCGGCUGCACAGCAUAGGGUGAACCAGAAGUUUUAUUGUGAAAUACAGGACAAAACAAGGAUACAACGUUACGGUCAUGAGGUCUUAAUCAUUAUUAAUAUUUGAUUAAGGUCUUGCGGUCUUACCCAGCCUUGUCUUGUGGAUAUAUUUGGAGGUUAGGUAACCUCUACCACUGAGCUCCGGUGCUACUGACACCGGCAUGCAACACUCUUCUACUUGUCUGAAUCCAAAAAUUUCAAAUUAUGCAAAUGCAAAUUAGUGCAUGACUAAAUUUUAACACCACAAAAUGAUCACACCCAAAAAUAUAUGACUUUGAGGCAACUUCUGAAAUUAAAUUUAAGUAGGAAUUUUUCCUGUUUUUUUUCCCCCCAGGAAUUUUCAUGUUUGGAACGAAUGCUGGAUGGCUAGAAGAGAUCUUCAUCCAGGAUAUGAUGGAUGGCAAGUUGUGGAUGCCACACCACAAGAGAUCAGUGAUGGUAGGUUUAAAAUGAUGAAGAUUGCACUUUUUCAGAAAGCUUCGUAUCUUAUAAAAGACUCUGUUCUAACAUUUUAUGGAAACUUGGUAUUCAUACACUACACUGAUCAGCCACAACAUUAAAACCACUGGCAGGUGAAGUGAAUAACAUUCAUUAUAUCUCUACAAUGGAACCUGUCAAGGAGUGUAAUAUGUUAAGCAGCAAGAAAACAUCAAAUUCUUGAAUUUCAUGUGUUCAUGUGAAAAGUUGGCAAGUGAAAAAUUAUGUUACUCUGACAAGGGCCAAAUAGUGAUGGCUAGAUAAUUGGGUCAGCUCUAAAACAGCAAGUCUUGUGUGGUGUGACCUGUAUACAGUGGUUGGUGCCUACCAAAAGGCAGGACAACCAGUGAACUGGCAUUAUGGUCAUGUAUGCCCAAGGCUCAUUGAUGCAUGUGGGGAAGGCUAGUCUUUCUGGUCUGAUCACACAGAAGAGCUACUGUAGCUGAAAUAGCUGAAAAAUUUAAUGCUGGCCAUUACAGAAAGACGUCAAAACACACAGUGCAUCACAGUUUGCUGCAUAUGGGACAGUAUGAGUGCCCACGACGACACUUGUCCUCUGCUGAAGAGCAUCAGAACUGGCCCCUUUCAGCAGGAUAAUGCACCCUGCCAAACUGUAAACAUUGUUAAUGAAAGGUUUGAGGAAUAUGACAAAGAGUUUGAAAUGCCUUGGACUCUAAAUUCCCCAGAUCUCAAUCUGAUUGAGCAUCUGUGGGAUGUGCUGGAACAACAAAAAACAACCAAUGGAAGCCCCACCUCGCCACUUGCUGGACUUAAAGGAUCUGCUGCUGUUUUGGUGCCAGAUACCACUGGACAUAUGCAGAUGUCUUGUGGAAUUCAUGCCUUGACGCAUUGGAGCUGUUUUGGCAGCACAAGGUGGGCCUACAUGAUAUGAGGCAGUUGGUUUCAAUAGUGUAGCUGACCAGUGUAUUCAGUAUGUAUUCUCACAAUUAUGGAUGCAGGCAAUUGCCCAUGCCUGGUGAUGCCCAAAGUUUAGUAAGUAAUAAAGUAGCAAUGUUAUAACUGAAAGAAGCAUUGACAUUUGUCAUUUGUGGAGUCCUUACAUUUUUAUCCUGGUGUCCUCCCCUCCACAUAAUGGAUUCUGUGGAAAGAAGGAGAUGGGGAAGAUACGUAUAGCUUAUUCCAAAGAUAAUGCUACCAGAUUAAGCCCCCAGGAACUACAUAAUAUUUGCAUUCUCAUGCAUGUGAGAGAUUAUAAAAUGAGGGUUUAUGACAGUUAUAGGCAACCUUUGGCACUCCAGAUGUUGUGGACUAAUGCUCUUACACCCAUAAUGCGGGCAAAGCAUCAUGGGAGGUGUAGUCCAAAACAUCUGGAAUGCCAAAUGUUGUCUAUGCCUGGUGUAUGAAAUAUCUUGUGAGACUGCAGGAUCAUUAACAGGUCUUUCUCCAUAUCCGCAGGGUAAUUCCAUAGGCAUCUAUUGUGCAUAAGACCAGAAAAUGCAUUUUCCCAUCAGCCAUUGCAAAUUAUAGGAAAUUGCAUAGCAACUGAGACAGAAGUUCAAUAAAAUCCUUUCUUUCUUUGCUCUUUGAUAUAUGUCCAUAAGACAAAGUAAUAACAAUGUUGUCUUGUAUAUGUUUUUAUAUAUGAAAUUCUAGCACACUAUGUAGACAUUUUUUCAGAAAUAGUAUAUCCUUAUAAACCAUUUUACACUGCCAAAGGGUUAUAAACUCUCCAAUGUGGCAGUGUCACUUUAAGUACUUUUUUUCCUUUUUAAUGAAUCGUGGGACCACUUCACAUCUGAAAAGAUCUUUUUCUGUUUUAGGUACCCAUUGCUGUGGGCCAGCUCCAGUGAAAGCAAUAAAAGAAGGAAAUGUAGAUGUUGGUUACGAUGUUCCUUUUGUUUUUGCUGAGGUCAAUGGUGACAUUGUUCACUGGAUUAUCGGAGAAGAUGUUAUGAAAAGAGGGAAAAUAGACACUCUUUCCAUCGGCAAAUACAUUAGCACAAAAAGUGUUGGGUGUAACACCAGAGAAGACAUAACGCAUCAAUAUAAGUAUCCAGAAGGUACCCAAACACCAGUGUUGUCAUAAUUACCCUAUUGUAUAUUUGACUGCUGCAAAUAAUAGCCAAGUUUAAACACAGCCAGAGAACAAAGUAGCCCCAUCAACACAGAUUCAGUAACGAAAGGCAAAAUCUGUUAAACAAGCCAGUGCUACAUCAUUACCAACCUUGGCCAAAAUUCAGGUAUUGCUGUAACCCAUCUGCUCUUAAAGUUUUGAUCAUGGUAGAGUCAAAACUGAUGAUCUGGUAUGCGUCGCUGUCGGAAGUAAGGCAACGCUGGAAUGAGGUGAGUCUUAAGUUGAUGUUCAAUGGCAAAGUUUAUUAACUUUUGUCAACCUGCUGGUUAAACAUAACAAAAAUUAGUUCCUACUAUCCUUAUGUAUAACUUUGCUAGUGAUGGCCAAGGGCUUGACAAAGGGUAGCUACUUUGUCCCACUAUAUCUUUUGACUGACUAGGAAUUUUAGUAAAAUUCCAACACACAAAAUACUUUAUGUUUGUUUUGUUAUAAAAAAUUUUGUUUAGAAGUUUUAACUCUAGUUCCAAAAUCAUAAGAAACAUUUUACUUAUCAAACAAUUAAUAGUUGUCUAAAUAUCAUAACUCAUACUAUCAUAUUGCUUUCUUUUGGAUCAACAGCAAAGACAGAUGUGAGAAAGGCUGAACUUGAUGGCCGCAUGUCUCUUUUCAGCUCUGUAACUAUGUAAUAUAGUGUGCUUUUUAUUGUACUUAGCCUAUUGAACUUAUGUUGUCUCAUCUUCUAUUAGGACUAUUAUGUACCGAUUGAAGCCCAACAUACUAUUAUCAAAAAAUAGAAUCUGAAAUUUAACCUUGUUCCAUUACCUUAUUACUAGCCCAUUUGCAACUGUUUUAUAGUGUAUCUUUACCUGAAUUUAACGUGGGGCUUUUGUUAAUUUAAUAUUGGAAUUAAUUUUCCUUGUUAUAUUUCCUUAGUUCUUAAGUCAUUAUUUAGAGUCAUUCUGAAUUCCCUCAAAUAAUUAGUUGUGUACCUUGAGGACUCUAAUGGCAGGGGUGACAUUCCCAAGAAUAGUAGUAAGUACACUACGGGAUUCAGCAGUUGAACAUGGCUCUUUCCUGGGCUGAAUUGAUGGUGGCAGCUGCAAAUAGUUACUUCUACCAUUUUUUCAGGCAGACCCGUGUAACAUAAAAACCAUAGCCCGUACUCUAACACUAACCCUUACUCUUACAGUAACAUUAACCCUGAUACUCAGACCAACCCUAACACACUAACCCUUAGCCUUAAACUAUUACGUAAUAUAAAAACAUACAUCAUAGUGAGGUGUGUACAAGGGUCAUUAAAAAACAAAACUUGUUUUUGAGCUUUGAAGUUGGUUUUUAGUAAGUGAGUGCACUGGAUCUUGUGUAGUGCAUUAACAACGACUGACACUAUGUUGUUGGGGACAAUAAUUUUCACAUACUAUAACAAACAAUAUUUUAUUUACAGGCUCUUCACAAGAAAGAAACACAUUUGAAAAAGCUGUACGUAAAAUGAAGUCAGAUACGUCAUUUAAAGACGAAAGAGAUUUAGCUGUGGCUGUGGACUUUGAUGUCUCGUUGAAGCUAGCCGAAUCUCCACUGAUUGGGCAAACCAUCUUACUUAUUUAUCAAGUGUGUAACAAGAGCAGUGAAGACAAGACGUUUUCAAUAUCUGUUAAUGCCCAAGAAAUGCUUUAUAAUGGGAAACCUCUUGAACAGUUUUGGAGCAAAAACGUUCGCAUGGACGUAAAUGCAAACACAAGUAAGAUUACAUGUACUAACUGUCUAUAUAAUCAGUAACCAGAGCUUAAGGGGUCCGUUAAAAAGUCGUCAUCAGGAGUUUGGUGAUUUCUUUUGCCGUUGUUCUGUCAACAGAAAUACCAAAAGUCUUCCAGAUAUGAUCACAUACAUUAUUCACUAAAAUCCAAAUUCAAGCAAAUUAAAAUCUUAAAGGACCACUAUAGUCCCAGGAAAACAUACUCGUUUUCCUGGCACUAUAGGGCCCUGAGGGUGCCCCCACCCUCAGGGUCCCCCUCCUGCCCGGCUCUGGAAAGGGGAAAAGGGGUUAAAACUUACCUUUUUCCAGCGCUGGGCGGGGAGCUCUCCUCCUCCGAUCCUCCUCCGUUCCUCCUCCUGGGCUGAAUGCGCACGCGCGGCAAGAGCUGCGCGCGCAUUCAGCUGGUCACAUAGGAAAGCAUUCAUAAUGCUUUCCUAUGGACGCUUGCGUGCUCUCACUGUGAAAAUCACAGUGAGAAGCAUACAAGCGCCUCUAGCGGCUGUCAAUGAGACAGCCACUAGAGGCUUUGGGGGAAGGCUUAACCCAUUAAUAAACAUAGCAGUUUCUCUGAAACUGCUAUGUUUAUGAAAAAAUGGGUUAACCCUAGCUGGACCUGGCACCCAGACCACUUCAUUAAGCUGAAGUGGUCUGAGUGCCUAGAGUGGUCCUUUAAUGAUAAAACUAAAACUAAAAAGAAGUGACUAUAGCGGAGACAGAUAAUUUUGGCCUUAAAAGGGACAGAAUACCCUCUUACAAAGUAGCCACAGUACACAAAAUAUUGGGGAUACAUCUGUAAAAAGAAAAAAUCAUAAAAUAGUGCAACACAGUAUUAUAUAAUGCUACAAUGCGCAAGUACGGAUGCACUCACAAGCUGUUUCUGAAUAAUAUCGCCUUAGGGUGCCUCCCCUUGGAAAUGUCUUCACACAUAAAUCACUUUAGAAAGCUGACAAACAGCGCAAAAGGAUCAGUCUGUAAAGGUUUCUGUGCAGUUCAAAUGAUGAGUCCAGUUCAUUAGACACAAGUUAAGGGUAAAAUCUUAUUAGUUUGUCAACCUUAGGAGGGCAUUUCUUGAAAUGCUGAACGUUAUUCACGGCCAUACUAAAAAUAAUUAUAAUAUAAAAAUAAUUAAGCAAUUGAUGCUUUGACAAAUUAAAGGGACACUGUAACUGCUUCGUCUAAUUGCAGUGGUUAUAGUGAUGGAGUCCUCUGGCAUCUUCCAUCUAUUCAGCUUUAAAAGUUUUUUUUAUUUUUUAUUCCAAUGUAUCAUUUUUUUCAGUUUCUUUUUUUUUUCAUAGAAAAAGAUCAAACAAAUACAAUUACAAGAGGUACAUUGUCGCAUGACUUAGUGAUUCGAUCAGUGCGACAUUCGGUAUGCAAUUGGGAGUAGUUGUACAAUUACAGUGAAAAAUUUAUAGCAAUUUUCAUUACUAGUAACACGGAGCAAGAUGCAGUAUAUUGAUCUGAUAUAAGGAUAUACAUCAAAGCGAUUAGAAUAAACACUUAGCUUUGGUGUAACAGUAGGACAGUAACAUUUCAAUGGACACAUGCAAGACAUAUCUUCUGGCAACCAUAUUGAGAAAGUAGUAUUUCCAACAUUUGACAAUGUCACCUUGCUCUUGGACUUCAAUUCUUGGUUAAAUAUCUGUGUUAUGCACAAUUUUGGAAAUGGAAGUGCAUUAGCGAUAUGUCUCACUGAAGUUUGCAUAUCAUAACUCAUUACAAAAUUGCUGAAUUUGGCUCAAGCUAGCAAGUACCUCUGAGGGAAGAGUGGAAAGAGACGUGAAAGGAGGGAGAGCAAGGGGAUUGGAAUGGAGAGAGAGGAAAGAGAAAGAACAGGAAUAUCACCUCUGAGAGUAUUGAGUCAUUCAGUUUAUCAAUGAGUUAUAGGGUAUCAUAAAAUGCAACAGAUUAUCACAAAUACAAUCAUCUGCACAAAUUACAUCAUUGCUCAACCUCAGGUUUGCAGAGCAUGCAGUAUGAAUAGUCGUGUCCUAUGUAAGCUGGACCACAGCUUUGUAUGUGUAGUUUCUUUACCUUGUAUGCAAUUUGUUCGUAAUGGUAGUCUAUUAAGAACUUCCUUAGUAGAAGGAGGAUGGGUUGUCCACCAGCAGGCCGCUAUGCUCAUCUUCGGAGCCAGGAGAAAGUAGAUGAUCACUAACCUGUGUGGUAUUUCAUCUAACAAGGGUAUCAGAUGGAGCAGGUAGUGUUCUGGUUGCGAGGUAUAUGUGUACCAGUUAUUAUUUGUAGGAGUGAACUUAUCCUGCCCCAAAAGUGUUGUAGUUCUUGACAGUCCCAGAAAAUAUGUUAUGAUUGCACUUGUACAUCUCCAACAGUUUGGGGAAGCAGUCUCGUAUAUAUUAGCUAUUUGUUUUGGUACCAUCUUAUUAAAAUCUUGCAAUAUGCUUCCCAAUGUGUUAGGCAGUGGGAUGACAAUUUUGUAGCCCUUAAGGUGUAAGACCAUUGGGAUAGGGAGAAUGGUUUGCCCAGGUCUUAUUCCCAUUUUAACAUAUAAGGCAAUUUCACUUUCCCACCCAUGGCCGUCAUUGCAUUAUAACAUGAGGAUAGUGGUUUAGAUUUGGGUAAGCACCCUAAGCAUUUGUGGCCAAAUGUAGUGAUUUCAGACGUUUGACAUGCUUGCACCUGUCUGGUAGUGAGAAUAUGUUUCAACCUAAGAUAUAUGAAGAUUUUUGCCUUGAUGGUAAGGAGAAUUUUGAUUGUAAGUCAGCAAAAGCUUUAACGCCCGUGGUAUUGCACAGCAUACCUACUAUGGUGGCGCCCCCCCUGCACCCAGUGUGUAAUUGCAAAAUCAUAAGUUAUUUUAGAGGUUGCAAUUACGUGUUACGGGGCUAGAGAUAACAUGUUAGCAGAUGCCAUUCAUUUCGGGGCUCAGUGAUUCCAACUUUUUAGUGUGUGUUUGGCACAGUGUAGUGUUGAUAUAUUGUCUUUUACCAACCAGGAAGUAGACCAGAGCAGUUGCUGCACUGUGUCUGGCAUCACGCAUGCAUUCUCGAGAGGAAGCCACACGGGUGCCUGAGAGUAAGCACUGUUAGACCCUGAGUGAGAGCAGAAGCUAUGUAGUACGUUGGAAUGCAAGGAAUACCUAAAACACCUUGUUUGGAAUGCUUCCUUGCUAUGGCAUGUGAAAUCCUUGGAGGAUGUUUUUUUUCCAAAUAUGGCCGUUAAUAUGAGCUUGUAAUUUUGUCAGUAAAGCGUUAGGUACCUCUAUAGGGAUAGUGCGGAAUAUAUAUAAAACAUGAGGCAUAAUCAUCAUUGUUAUAUUAUUAUAGAGUUUAUGCAGCCCAGCCACAACACCUCCAGGCCUCCCCAUGUCUCUAGCUGUCUCUCUAGUUUGGUUUUUAAAGCUAAGUGAUUUUCUUGCAACAGAAGAGUAGAUGUUUUUGUCAGUUUGAUUCACAAAUUGAAGUUUUGCACCAGUCAAAAGCAAAUGUGGUUUGUAGGAGUUGUACUGUCCGUAGCGGUAAGCCAAUAGGCAGUAUUUGUUUGUUUGUUUUUGUGUUGUUUUUAUAGUACGAUAGUUGGCUGUAUAUGACUAGAGUUUGUAACAAAGCAUGGGGAGGGAUCUUUCUGGUUUGGUCAGGAAAGGUUAUACGUCGUCUGCAAACGCUGCAAUUUUCUGCUCUCCUGCAAAAGUAGAGAGUCCUGAAUUUAUCAAAGUUUGUUUAAUAUGUCUGAUUAGAGUUUCCAGGCUUAGGAUAAAGAUUAAAGGUGACAAGGGACUGCCCUGGCGUGUCCCGUUGGAGAUUGUAAAAAGCCUGUGUUGAACCCCCUAGCUAAUGGGGACGAAUAUAAAGCAAGAAUGCUCUUCAGGAUUUCAAGUUGAUCCAGCACGCAGUACUGUGUCACUCCUAGGACUAAGGAUAACGUAUAGCCAAGAAUAGUCAAAAUACUUGCCGAGGAAUCACACACAAAGAUGAGGGAAAGCCAAAAGUCAAAUACCAGAAAAUCAAGAUCAGGAACACACUCUCGGAUAACAAUAGGCAUGAAACCACGACAGGGCACUGAGCAAGAGGAGAACUGGGCCUAAAUACCCCUCCUGUGGAUCCGGUUGGCUGUAACCGGUCUUUGACCCCAAAGGCAAUAACCAGGUUUCCAUUUGCAUGAUUGCUGCUCGGCACAACUUUUCCUGUCAGGACAGUAAUGUUGCUCAGCACAACUUUUCCUGUCAGGACAGUAAUGCUGCUCGGCACAACUUUUCCUGUCAGGACAGUAAUUUUGCUCGGCCCAACUUUUCCUGUCAGGACGGUGAUAUUGCUUGGCACAACUUUUCCUGUCAGGAAAGUAAAUGCCAUUAACCACAUUUGUGUGUGUGGAUGAAUACAGGUAAUACUCGAAAAAUUAGAAUACAGUUCAAAAGUUCAUUUAUUUCAGUAAUGCAAGAUAAAAGGGGAAACUAAUAUAUGAGAUAGACACAUUACAUGCAAAACAAAAUAGUUCAAGCCGUGAUUUGUCUUAAGUGCGAUGAUUAUGGCUUACAGCUCAUAAAAACCCCAAAUCCACAAUCUCAGUAAAUUAGAAUAUUACAUGCAAUCAAUAAAACAAGGGAGUGUACAUAGAACAAUAACGGACCUCUGAAAAGUAUAAGCAUGCAUAUGGACUCAGUACUUGGUUUGGGCCACUUUUUCAGCAAUUACUGCCUCGAUGCGAAGUGGCAUGGAAGCUAUCAGCCUGUGGCAUUGCUGAGGUGUUAUGGGAGACCAGGAUGCUUCAAUAGCGGCCUUCAGCUCUUCUGCAUUGUUCGGUCUCAUGUCUCUCAUCUUUCUCUUGGCAAUGCCCCAUAGAUUCUCUAUGGGGUUUAGGUCAGGCGAGUUUGCUGGCCAAUCAAGCACAGUAAUCCCACAGUCAUUGAACCAGGCUUUUGUGCUUUUGGCAGUGUGGGCAGGUGCUGGAAAAUGAAGUCAGCAUCCACAUAAAGCUUGUCUGCGGAAAGAAGCAUGGAGUGCUCCAAAAACCCCUAGUGGACAGCUGCGUUGACCUUGGACUUAAUGAAGCACAGUGGACCAACACCAGCCAAUGACAUGGCUCCCCAAUACAACACAGACUGUGGAAACUUCACACUGGACUACAAGCAUCAUGCAGUGUGUGCCUCUCCAUUCUUCCUCCAGACUCUGGGUCCUUGGUUUCAAAAUGAGAUGCAAAUGUUGCUCUCAUUAGAAAAGAGGACUUUGGACCACUGAGCAACAGACCAGGUCUGUUUUUCUUUAGCCCAGGUAAGACACUUCUGACGUUGUUUGUUGUUCAGAAGCGGCUUGACAAGAGGAAUACGACAUCUGAAGCCCAUGUCCAGGAUCCGUCUGUUUGUGGUGGCUCUUGAUGCACUGACUCCAGCCUCAGUCCACUCCUUGUGAAAGUCCCCAACACUUUUGAAUGGCCUUUUCCUGACAAUCCUCUCCAUCCCUGCUGCUUGUGCACCUUUUUCUUCCACACUUUUCCCUUCCACAUAACUUUCUAUUAAUGUGCUUUGAUACAGCACUUUGGGAACAUCCAAUUUCCUUCGCAAUUACCUUUUGAGGCUUUCCCUCCUUAUGGAGGGUGUCAAUUAUGGUUUUCUGCACAACUGUCAGGCCAGGAGUCUUCCCCAUGAUUUGGGUUCCUACUGAACCAGACUGAGAGACCAUUUAAAGGCUCAGAAAUCCUUUGCAGGUGUUAUGGCUUACUUAGCUGAUUAGUGGGACACUGUGAGCCUAGAAUAUUGCACCUUUUCACAAUAUUCUAAUUUACUGAGAUUGUGGAUUUUGGGUUUUCAUGAGCUGUAAGCCAUAAUCAUCGCACGUACGACAAAUCACGGCUUGAACUAUCUUGCUUUGCAUGUAAUGCAUCUAUCUCAUAUAUUAGUUUCCCCUCUUACGUUGCAUUACUGAAAUAAAUGAACUUUUGCACGAUAUUCUAAUUUUUUGAGUAUCACCUGUACGUGACACUCUGUGGGGAAGUAAAGUGCACGGAGCGUUGAUGCCAUAUAUUCCCAGUUUACGUGUUCAGAUGCAUUUUCUGUCUACUGCCACAAGUAGACCUUGCUGUCUGCUUAAGUGGGCCCAGUCAAUGAGAUUUAUAAAGUGUCUGGUAUUGUCACCAGCCCAUCUUCUUGGGACAAAUCCCACUUGUUCUGAAGAUUUAUUUAUUUUAUUAUUUACAUUGAGACUUUUCUUGUUUUCAAGUAUGUCCUGGGUCCACAAAACAUAAAUAUAUUCAACCGUGACAGGUGCAUUCUAUGCUGAGGUAUAUUGCCAUAGAUCUCUUAAUAUAUUUUAGAUAGAAUGAAGAUUUGACUGUGUCCCUGAGGUUAUUCCAUAAUUGCGGUGCUCUGUAGAAAAAUGAGGAUUGAGCCACUUUGUUUUUGUAUUUCAGUAUAGUGUGCUAGUACUGGAUCAGAGGUUAUAGGAGGUGGGAACAGCUGGGGAGAGCAUUCUACUCAGGUAGGGUGGGAGCUUCCCAGAAACGCUCUUAUGCAAAAGGCUGGAAAGGUGAAGAGUGCAUUGGGAUUACAGCGACAGCCAGUGUAGCUCUUUAACAGGUCACAGUGGUGGGUAAAGUAAUUACAUUCUCGUACAAAGCAGCAGAACGAAUUAUAUAAAGUAUUACGUUUAAUAAGGUCGGUUUGCAGUGCGGGUGCAUACUCUACAUCCCCAUAAUCAAUGACCGGCAUUCGCAUCUGUUUCCUUACUGUAUUGCUUAGGCAGGAUUUUUUUCUGUGCAGGGCACCUAGUUUUGGGUAAGGUUUUGAAGAUAUUUUUUUCAAUGUGAAGGCAACAGGACAGAUUGGGAUCUAGCAACAUCCCUAGAUAUUUAAAAGAGCAGACUACUGUCAUUUUACUAUUUGAAUUUGUUCUGAUACACAGUUGUUGAUUUUGUAGUUUACGUAAUUUAGGUACAGUUCCAAAGAUCAUUCAAAAUCAAUGUUAUCAGGGGCUUUAGUCUCGAGGCUAAGAUGUUUGUGUAAAGUUUGAUAUCAGCAUUAAGUAGCGAUAUCGGUCUUAAAUUUGCACAUUCAGUUGGAGGUUUGCCUGGUUUGUGUACUUGCAGCAUUUUGGAACCGUGCCCAAAGUCUCAAUGUAAUUGAAUAGUUCAGUCAGAUGAGGUGUGCAUACUCUAUCUUCCAUAAAAGGAGUUGGAAGUGAGCAUGUGUUAAUUUGGGGAGGGUAGUUUCUCCUAAAAAACUUAAAAUGUUGUCCUGCGUGGGUUGAUGGAGGUCCUGCACAUAUUUCAGAUUGUAGAGUACAUAAUAAUACUUAGCAAGCUCGUCUACAAUAUCAUAUGAGCUGUACAGUCUUGUAUUUUGUGUGGAGACAAUAUAUGGGAUUUUAGUCAGUAAAAAGUUUGCUUUCAGUUUCCUAGCUAUCAGCUUCCCUGCUUUGUUUUACCUGUCGGUAAUGGGUUUGUCUUAACAAUCUCAUUUGUCUCUCAGUGUCCUGAAGAUCUGGCUCACCAAGUUCUUUGGAGACAUUGUUUUUUUCUAGGGUGCCCAGUUCCCCAAAGAGCCGUGACCGGGCCGUGCAAACCUUUCUCUUACGCAGGGAACCUAUUUGUAUAAAACAUCCACGCAUUACAGCCUUAUGGGCCAACCAUCUUGUUGGGAUUGAAGUAGAGUCAGUGGUGUUUUCUAUAAAAAAAUGUUCGUCUGCUGUUAAUUAUGGGAUAUGGGCAGGAGUGUCUAGGACUGCUUCAUUUAGUCGCCACUUACCCCUUCCUCGGACUUGGUAUUGCAUAUUACAAGUGACUACUGACGUGGCAUUAUCAUACCACAUCCUUUUCCCUAUGUGUACCUCAGCAAUGUUGUUGAGAGUGUCACUAUCUACCAGGCACAUGUCUAUGUGUGAGUAAGUUAGAUGAACUGGGGAGAAGAAGGAAAAUUCCUUUGCAGAUGGAUAAAGACACCUCCACAUAUCACAACCCAUUACCGUAUAAUAUAUUUGCUAAUUUGUGACUCAAUAACUGUUUCUGUUGGCCAGGCUGUACAUUGUUUUCUCUCAAAAUAUCCAAAUUUGGAUCAAGUGUGCAAUUAAAAUCACUGCACACUAUUAUAUGGCCACUACUUAGAAUUUUUUUUUCUUGAAUGUGUUGCACAAUAAUGAUGCUUGAUCAAUGUUGGGCACAUACAGUGAUACUAUAGUUAGAUGAAUACCAUUUAAUGAGCCCACCAGGAUCAAGAGGCGUCCCAGAGCAUCCUCGUACUUUUUGUCCAGCUGCAACACCCAAUCAGAGUAGAAAAAAAAAUCGAUACACCUUUGGACCAUGGUACAUUUGAGGGUAGUGUUUUGAUACGAAUCUACGGGAGCAGAAAUGAGAACACAAUAGCUGCCUGAGAUCUGUGCAUUUCCUGAAUAGCUAAGCACCAUUUAUGCGGGCUUUUUAGGCCUUGGACGUGUAGUGAGAUCAUUUUUAGUGUGUCUGCAUUAGUGGAAACCUACAUAGAACUAAAACUAACAGCAGGAAAACUAAAUCUAAAAGUUGACCCUAUUUCACCCAUGUAGAGUCAUAUUUUCUCCUAAGGUUUAUAUGUGUAUUUUAGGGUGUUGGCCCAAAACAGAUGUUUUGCACAAGGCUCGAGCUAUGUUUGGGUAGGAGCACCUUACUUAAUUGUAUAAACACCUACCUCUCUGACUGAUAGGAGUUUGAAGGUAGUGAAAGGGGAGGUAGAAGUAGAGUGAAACGUAAGGACAGGUGGAACAAGCAGGGGCGUACCGUGGGGCUGACGAAACAGGCACCCGCUAGGGGUGCAAGCCGAGUGGGGGGUGCAAAAAUCACUUGUCAGUGUGACAGUGUGUCACGUCGAAGUUGGACAUGCCUUAGCUUUAAAAGUUUUUUAUGUUUCAAUGCUAAACGAGAGUCUUUAGCAGCCCAUACCCUCUGUACUGCUUGGGCUAAUGAGGAAGUAUUAGACUGAGCAGCAGGGGUCAAGUCCUGGGUAAAAAAGUGUGGGAACUCACCCAAGAUCGAUCCACCCCCCCACCUCAAAAUAAAAUAAUUAUACACUUGUAUUCAAGUUGGGCAGGGGCUGAGUAAGGGAAUGGGGCUGAGUAAGGGAACGGGGCUGAGUAAGGGAACGGGGCUGAGUAGGGGGGCAAGGGCUGAAUGAGGGGGACAAGGGCUGCGUGAAGAGGACAGGGGCUGAGGAGAGGGGAAGGGGCUGAGGAAGGUGACAGGGACUGAGGAAGGUGACAGGGACUGAUGAGGGGGCCAUGGGCUGAGGAGGGGGGCAUGGGCCGAGUAAGGGGACACAGCUGAGGAGGGGGACAGGGACUGUGGAGGGGGAUAUGAGCUGAGGAGGGGGACAGGGACUGAGGAAGGGGAUAAAAAAACAAAAACCCUCCCUGAGGCUUACCUUGGGCCAGGAGGGUGGGGGCAGGAUCUGGAGCCUGCAGCCUGCAGUCAGUGGAGUUAGUCGGCCUUUCCUGAUGAUGUCAGGAGGAGGGGGCAUGACUUCCUCUGCUCUUCUCCCAGACUCCUCAGCGGUCCUAUGAGAAGAGCAGUGAAAGUCACGCCCCCUCCCCCUGACAUCAUCAGGAGAGGCCGGCCGACUCCACUGGUUGCAUGGAGAGAGGUGAGUUUAGAAAUCCGAGUCCCCAGCCAGAGGCAGGGGAUUCGGAUUUGUGCUGCCCCCUGCUCUGGCGGCCGCUUGUGCCAGCCCUGGGUCCUGCUGUGGAAAAAGUGCAGGAGCGCCGCUCCCACGCGUUCCUGUAGGACUCAACCCCUGCUGAGCAGCAAUGGGUGGCUGUGAUUAGAUGAGUGUCAGCAGACUGCAUUCAGCCUAUGACAUACACAUGGCCCACUGCUGGUAUGAUUUGGCAUUAAAGGGAAACUAUAGUGCCAGAUAUCUAUAGCACCGAUGUCCAUCGGUGCUGGCUCAGGUCCGCCUUCAUAAUACAAUGCUUUCUUUUUGGGUUUUGGGUGACGCUGGACGGCACCAUGCAUAGCGUGAAGACGUCCGGCGUCAGUAAGGCAACCAAAAGUGCCUAACAGUCCGGAUGUCCCUCUUGUGCCUGUCUGAUAAACAGCCACUAGAGGUGAAGUUACCCUUAGCAGGUAAUUAUUGCAAUUCAUUAAAAGCUGCAAUAAUUACCAUUGUACGGUUAAGGGACCUGGGGCACUGCACGCAGACCGCAUCAAUGAGCUGAAAUGGUCUGGAUGUCUAUAGUGUCCCUUUAACCAUACAUCCAGUAGGAGCUGCGGUGUGGGUAGACAGAUACCCUUAUUUAAUGUUAAACUGCUCAGAAUACAGAAUGAAGGGACAGUACCAGGAAACUUCAUGAACUAUAACCAAUUAAUUGAGAUUACAUGCUUAUAGUGUCCCAUUAACCAUAACACUUGGCAGAAUAUUGUGUGCUGGUUACACCAUAUGUAUUUCAUAAGAUGUGGAGAAUCUAUUUCUCAUUUGCAAACACACCCAAAUGUAACAAGACUAGAAGUGAAGUAACAAGGGGAAUAACUUUAGUUAUUUAUUGCAUUCAAUAUAUGCAAUAAGAGAUGUUUCUAAAUACAAUAUUAUGGUUGAAGCCCACAAGAUUAAAAUAAUGUUUCCUUGCAGUUAAAGAUACAAAACUUUUUUUUUUCUAAUUUAGCUAUUUUUUCCACUAUAACCAUUUGGUACACAUACUCUCACUGUAGCUAUCCACCACUUUCUAUGUAGAUCCUGUUUUAUAUCCAGGGUCCCUGCUCUCACUUUGCUGUGAGAACAUUUUGGCCUUAUUUUUCUUCAUUAAUGAAUAUUAACCCCAUCAUGGCAUACCAUUUGAAAAAGUAGACAACCCAAGGUAUUCAAAAUAAGGUAUGUCCAGUCUUUUUUAGUAGUCACUUAGUCACAAACGUUGGUCAAAGUUAGCAUUCAUAUUUGUUUUCUGCAUUUUUCACACACAAACAGCACUUUCCAUGAUAAUAUCAUGGUCAUUAUAUGUUUUACUGUCUUAAAACACUAAUAUUCAUGUUUCCCCCAUACAACAGUAUCCCCCUAUGUACAGGUUUUAUGGUAUGUUGUAAAGCUAAGACUUCAAUAUAGGGCUUAUACACACACAGAGACGGCUAAAUACACAUACAGAGUGCUAAAUACACACACAUAGACUGCUGAAUACACAGACUGCUAAAUGCAUAUACAGACACUGCUGAAUAUACACACAGACCACUAAAUAAACACACACAGACUGCUAAAUACACACACAGAUGUCUGAAUACACACACACACAGACUGCCGAAUACACACACAGAGACUGCUGAAUACAGACACACACAGACUGCUGAAUACACACGCAGAGACUGCUAAAUACACACCCAGACCGCUGAAUACACAAGCACAGACUGCUGAAUACACACACAUAGAAUGCUGAAUACACAAACGCAGACUUAAAAAUACACACAUACUGCUGAAUACAUACACACAGAGAUUGCUGAAUACAGAAAUAGAAACUGCUGAAUACACACUGAAACUACUGAAUACCCACAGACUGCUGAAUACAUACACAAAUUGCUAAAUACAAAUACACACUAACUGCUGAAUACACACACAGAGACUACUGAAUAUGCAUACACAUAGACUGCUGAAUACACACACAGACUGCUGAGUACACACAGAGUGCUGAAUACACACACAAACUGAAAAAUACACACUAACUGCUGAAUACACACAGAGACUACUGAAUACGCAUACACACAGACUGCUGAAAACACACACAGAGACUACUGAAUACGCAUACACACAGACUGCUGAAUACACACACAGACUGCUAAAUACACAAGACUGCUGAAUACAUACACACACAGACUUCUGAAUACACACAGACAAACUGCUGAAUAGUCACACACACACACACAGACUGCUGAAUACACACACUUAUACUUGCUCUCUGGACUCAGUUCCUUCUGCCAUGCUUCACCUUGUCCUGUAGCUCUGCUCCUCCCACUCCUCUCAUGCAGAUUCUGUCAGUGGAGAGGACAGGAAAAUGCUGUGACUUCUAUCCCACCUUCUCCACACAUAGCUCAGGCACCAAUGAGUCUUCCUAGCUCAGCCUGGGAACACUGCACACCCUGGUGGCCGGUGCUGGUAUUGCAGUACAUUCUUCUCACAGAAAAAUACCGGCAAUUCUAUUGUGGGUAUAUUUGCAAUACUGGCACUGGUUACAAAGCCUUAAAUACCAGCUGUGCCGGUAAAAUAUCGGCCAUGUGGCAACCUUAGGAAAGGGUGGAUCUAUGUAUACCAAUUUCAGAGUUAUAUUUCUGCUGUGAGUGAAGGAGCUAAGCCAUGAGUAAAUGCUGCCAUGUUUGAACAGGAAUGCAUAAUUAAAUGCAUGGAUGUUUCAAUUGGAAGUAUAUCUACUAAACAGAGACCUUGAAAAAAAAAUGGACAGUAGAGUGUCCCUUUAACUAAACCAGCUCUGUAGAGAAAAGGGUAAUUAAUGAGGACAGCAUAUGGCAGGUACGAUUUUAGGUCACAGGUCCACCAAUGCUCACACGUAUAUCUGUUUAGUAUUCUAGAGGUGCAUAAAUUAAUUGUAAAAACUAGUGGGACAAAGUGAGGAAGGAACGAAUGAUGAACUUGUGAGACAAAGUGAGGAAGAAAUGGUAAAGUAAUUGAUUGCUAAACUGUCAUCUUUUUCAACUUUCAGCUGCAGAGACGAGAUUCCAGAUUAACCCAUAUCAAUACCAGAGACAUGUAAGGUCGGGUAAUAACAUCAGAGUAACUGCACUAGCUACAGAUGCAAAGAAUAAAACACUUAAACUAGCGAUUAAAAACAUCAUAUUUGAUCUGCCAUCAAUAGAUAUCAAAGUAAGUUUAACAUUCACAUAUAUAUAUAUAUAUAUAUUAGCAAUGUCACUAAAUGAUAUAAAUUAUGUUUAUUAAUUAAUCCAAGAAUUUUGGAAAACUGACAGCUGCAAGUGAAAUUUUAGGCCAAUUCAUCAGUUGUUGUUUUUUGAGUUUUUGAACACAUUUUGCAAUGAUCUUCUUGAAAAUUCCCCAGAAUUUUGGUUUGACUGGUAAUUAAACUGUAUGCCCUCUGGAAAAAAAAAUCCAGUACUCCAGGGUUGUAAACGUGGGUUAAAAGUGAUAGCGAAUAUUUAUUUUCUUUGUACUAUAAAUCCUGAUAGGAAAUUAAAAUUAAUGACCCAUUUACACCUGUCGCUAGGGUAUUGGAAACAUAACACCUACAAAAAUGUGGAUCGAUAGCAUGUCUAAGGAUGUUCUAAAAUCCUAAAAGGAACACUUCAAGCACUAUAACCACUACAUCACACUGUAGUAGUAGUUAUGGUUCCAGAGGUGCCCUGGCAGGCUCCCAAUGUAAGUAGACAAAUUGUUUGCUAAUGGUUUGAUUUCUUACCUGAGAUCUCCUGGGCGCUGCCUCUUUCCUUACAGUUUUGAGAACCUGAAGCUCAUGUCAAACAAAUGAGCUUAGUACUUCACCAUCAGGUCUAGUGCAGAGUGAAGAGAUUCUGACAGGUAGCGGCAACCGAUGAAUUCUAGCAAGAAUUCAUUGCAAAUCAGCAGUGUUAUGAACUGUCACAAACGUAACAGGCUCCAGACACAUCAAGUACUUCAGCAACCCCGCUAUGAUGUAUGUGAGCAGAGUGUUCCUUUGACCAUUUUAAAUUAAAAAAUGUAAUAUAUGCAAUAAUUGUAGAUUAUGCUAACUUUAGUGUACCGAUAAUCUUAAUUUUAUUAAUGACAGGAGGCAAGUAUUUGCUUAAGUCUUUCUUUACUUAAGCUUCACAGCUGCACUUUUUUACUUAGUAACAGGGUAACCAAUCAGAAAAAAGAGAUAACAAGGUAUAAGAGUCCCUCCCUGUGAUGUCACUUCCUCUUUCUGGCUGCGAACAAAUAGGAACAGGAACUGCAACUGAACCGGAUGAGGAAUUCAGGAUGCCAGAUGAGAAAGCAAAUGCUAGAGAGGGAACAGGAACGUAAGCAUGUCUUCUUAGAGAGCUGAGGUGAUGCUUGAGAUGGAACGGCAACUGAACUUGUCUUCAUGAGGGGCUUUAUGCUGAAACGAGAAAGCAGAGUUGAAACCAAGGAUUAAUCCGAGAAUUGGACUUAUAAAAUAUGACAUUCGGUAUUUAGAAAAUCCUGUCUAAAAGCCCGCCUCCUACGAAGUGUAAACUAUCCACCCCUAGAGAGAAACCCUUAGCCCCCCCACGGUAGAGGUACAUAGAGUAUGUAUUUAGUCUAGAUGAACUUACCUAGAUAGGUGACCUUAGGGAGGGGAAAAAGAACGAGAGUAAAGGGUGGGAAAUACUCGCCUCCUGUCAUUAAUAAAAUUAAGAUUAUCGGUACACUAAAGUUAGCAUAAUCUACAAUUUUAUAACAUGACAGGAGGCUUCGUAUUUGCUGUUUUAACGCUCCCCAAGAAGGGCUAAGGAAGCGUGCACAGCCGGACGAAAAUAGAAGUUGCGGAAGGUCUGUUCCCGGGACCAGUCUGCUGAGUGGAGAAUGUCCCGAAGUGAGGCUCCAGCGCUGAAAGCUCCCGAUGACGUCGCUCCCCUGAUGGAGUGGGCUCCGAAGGAGGCCUCAAUCCCAGCAAGGGAGAGCAACCACCUAACCCAUCGGGCAAGGGUUAUGGUUGACACCGGAUUAUGUGGUCGGACGUAGGAGAUCAAUAGUUGGCUGGAGGAGGUUGAACCAAGAGAGGAGGUGAGUAGUAAAUAACGAGAGAGAAGUGAUACCACACACAAUUUUGGAUGGUUAGGGAAAUAAGGUUAAAACACCGAAGAAGAGUUUGAUUUUGUCCGUCUGGACACGGAAAAGGUGACACCUUAAGGGGAAAAAUUGAUAGCGUCAUGGUCAAAUGCUCGAACAUCCAACACUCGUCGGAAGGAUUCUAAGCAGAGUAGCAGGGUGAAUUUUGCCGAGAGUUGACGGAGGGUUAGAUCUUCGUUGUUCGGCCAGGUUUCAAGGAAACAAAUCAUGACAUUAACAUCCCAUAGAUGGGAGUAUUUUGGUGUUGGGGGGCGAGCCAGUUUGAUGCCCCUCAAUAGUCUGCAAACCAGCGGGUCCUGGCCCGCUGGAAUUCCGUGUAGAGGGACAUGGGCUGCCGAGAUUGCUGACCGGGCCACGUUGAUGGACCGGUAUGUACGGCCUAAGUCGAACAGGUGCGAGAGGAAAUUCAGUAUGAACUGUCUAGGGGCUGUAAGGGGAUCGGUAUUCCGUUCCAUGCACCAAUUGCACCAAGUACUCCAGGAAGAAAGGUAGCAUCUUCUGGUUCCAGGAGCCCAGGAAUCCCAGAGAAGUUCUUUAGAUCUCUGCGAUAAUUCUACGAAAUUCCAGGAUCCCCUGAAAGAGUCCAAGCCACUAAUUGGAGAUGAUCUUGCAUUAUCAUCGGAUGAGGGUUUCCUUGAGGGUCCUCUAACAGGUUGGGCCAUAGAGGUAGAAGGAGGGGAUGUUGGCAGGAGAGGUCCAGGAGAUCUGGGAACCAUGCUUGGCCCUGCCAGAGCGGGGUGAGUAGUACCGGUGUGACCUGUUGUCUGCGAAUCUGAAGAAGGGUUCUUGGGAUCAUCGCAAAUGGAGGGAAGGCGUAGGCUCCCGCCGUCGGCCAUUUCUGAAGAAAGGCAUCUACUGCCAAACAUUCCGGGUCUGGUAGCCAGCUGAAGAAGCGUGGGACUUGAAAAUUCGUCCGGGAGGCGAAAAGGUCCAGAGUAAACGGGCCCCUGAGUUUGGAGACGUGGAGGAAGACUGACCUAUGUAAGCGCCAGUCGCUGCCGUCUCUCCAAUGUCGGGAGAACCAAUCCGCGGUGGUGUUCGUCUCCCCCGGGAGGUAUUCUGCCCGGAGUGUUAUGUUGCGCUGGAAGCAAAAAUUGUAGAUGUCCUUUGUCACCUCGGACAGGGUGUGAGAUCUGGCCCCGCCCAAUUUGUUGAUGUAUUGAACGGCCGAGAUAUUGUCCAUUCGGAGGAGAAUACAACAGUCUGAGAGAUGAUUGGCCAGACUGCGGAUUGCAAACGAUCCUGCGAUUAAUUCCAGACAGUUGAUGUGGAGAGAGUGUUCUGCAUCGGUCCAUGGUCCCCCGGUGGAAGUUGUAUGACAAGUUGCGCCCCAGCCUUGGAGGCUCGCGUUUGAUUCCACCACAAAGUCCGGAGUGGGACCAAAAUUGCUUUGCCGUUCCAGGCAGACAUGUGGCGAAGCCACCAGUAGAGUUCCUCCCUCACCUCGGUAGUGAUCGGGACCCUUUGGUCGUAUGAUGGAUGGAUCUGGAGGAAUUGAACCUUCAAGCGUUGCAUGGCCCGAUAAUGGAGCGGACCUGGGUAGAUUGCUUGAAUGGAGGCAGAAAGCAGGCCUAUAAUCCGCGCUAAACCUCGGAGAGGUAGAUCCACUUGACGAAGCGUCUUGCGCAGUUCCUUCCUGAUAGCGGUUAACUUGGACUGAGGCAGGCGGAGAACACAGGUGGAGGAGUCAAUCUCGAAGCCGAGAAACUGUAUGAUUUGGGAUGGAGUCAGCGAGGAUUUUUCCUUGUUGAUGACGAAUCCCAAGGAUUCUAUCAAUGAGGAUGUGUAGUUCGUCUGUGAUUGCAGCCUGGAGGUGUCGUCGCAGAGUAGUAAGAGGUCGUCGAGGUAGAUUAAGCAGCGAAAACCCCUUGCUCGAAGAUGUGCGGUGACUGGCUUAAGCAGUUUGGUGAAGCACCAGGGAACGGAACUCAGGCUUAAUGGAAGGCAGGUGAAUUGGAAGAUCCGGUGGUGCCAGGGGAAGCGGAGGAAACGUCGACUGGAUGGAUGUACUGGCACGGAGAGGUAAGCAUCCUUGAGGUCGAGUCGGGUGAACCAAUCGCCUGGUCGGAGAAUGUCUCUGAGGAGAUGUAUCCCUUCCAUUUUCAAAUGCCGGUAUAUCACGAAGGUAUUCAAUUGGCGAAGGUUGAUUACCGGGAGGAAUUCUCCCGAUUUCUUUUUGACCAGGAAUAUGGAACUUAGAAAGCCUUCGUCGUGUGGAGCGGGUUGAAUCGCUCCUUUUGUUAGCAAGGAACGUAGUUCUGAAUCGAGGAGGAGCCAUUGAGAUUUUGACAUUAUCAGGUAAUGGGGAGGACCUGUUUGAGUAGGGAGAGAAUAAAACUCUAUGAAAUAAUCAUGAACCGUGUUUAGAACCCAUGUAUCUGAAGACAGCGUCUUCCACAUAUCCACACAAUGUAACAACCUGCCCGCAUGAGAAACCGUAGAGAGGUGAAAAGUAGGAAAUCUCACCUGUUGGGUAUCUGUAGUGUCCACGGGCUCUACCUCCUCUUCCCCUAUCUGACCUUUGGGUGUAGAAACCUCUAGAUUGAUAGUUGGGGAAGAAUGGUGAAGUGGGGGUUCGUUGGCGUUGGCUUGUAGGCCAGAAGCGGCUGACUGUACGACCCCUUGGACGGCCAGCCCUGCCAAAAACUCGAGAGGGUUGUUGGUGGAAUACUCUUCUCAUGGAUGAUUGCGCCUUGUUCAGGGUGGCGUAUAAAUUUACAUGCUUGUGUAAUUCUUUAAUAUAAGGUUCUCCAAAUAAUAGACCCUUGGCCUUGGGGCCCAACUCUUCGGUCCCCAGGUCGGCUAGUUUGGCAUCCAUACGCAGCAGCACUGCUUUUCUACGCUCGGUAGAGAGGGAUGUAUUUGCAUUGCCCAGCAGGCAAAUGGAGCGUAGUGCCCAUUCUCUGAUCACAGAUGGGUCUAAAGGGCCCUCGUUAGUGAGGGCUUCAUCAGCCAGUAGUAGAAUUCUUGCCAAGGGCCCUAGGACAUCCAACAUCUUGUCCUGGGUGAGGCGUAGGCUGCGUUCAAUGCCCUUUUUAGGGUCACGGCCAGAUCUGGCUAAAUAUGUGUAGAGCAGGGAAUCAAACUCCGGGGUCAUAGCGACCUUGUCCGGCAAGGUGGGUCUAGGGCAUUCAGCUCUUAGGCGUUUGCGGACCUCCCGGUCUAGGGGUCUCCUUAUCCAGAAAUGGAUAUAUUGUGAAAGGUGAUUUGGGAGUGACCAUUCAGAAGAUCGAGCGUAUCUGAUCUGUCGUGGGUCAAAUAGGGGUUCACCAAGCGUAUCCAGAAAGGUUUCGGGUACUGAAUCCUCCGUAGUGGGGUCUCCCGUGAUAUCUUGAGGGAAAGGUGCUUCUCUGAAAGAUGCCUCAGGCCAGUCUUCUUUGUCUUCUGAAGAGUGGCCAGCUUGCCAUUCAUCUAGAAUGGCCAAUGGGUGUGAGUCGAAAGAGUCGUCUUCCUCCUCCAACAAGGUAGGCUGUAUGGAAUGUUUUUCCUUGGCGUCCGCUUGUUUUGGGCGUUUUGCCGGUUCUUUCACUUUGCGUUUGAGUGAUUCUGGCCCAUCCCCUUUCCAAUAUCGUUUAUUGAGUUUGGAAGGGUUCCUUAUUGUAGAAUCAGAAUCAUCCGCCUCUUCAUCAGAGUGCGGGGGCUCAGAAAUUUUGGUAUCUUUGGGCUCAAUGGGCAGCACCCGAGCCAGGGUCUUUUCUAGUGAAGCGGCAACAGCCGCGUUUAUAAUCGCUUGCAGAUUUUGGUCUUGGUUUGAAGCCUCCAUAGCAACAGUGUUGGUACCUAUGGGGCAGAAUAGGCCAGCAUUAGAAUGUAUUUUAGGGCCGUCUUGUAUAUCAAAAGAUAUUUAAUUUCAACAGUGCAAGCUGUAAUGGGGGUCACCCAGAAACAAUAACCUCAGAGAGUGCUUAUUGAAACUCGUGUAGAGGUAUGGUGGCACAGACAAAGCGGGCCAGUCAUGGGCUGUAUGGUAUAACAGCAAUCAUAAAAUACAUAGGGAUUUACCCUUAGAAAAAUCACAAUAUGAAUGUGAUAAAUAUUUAGCUGUCUGGUAUUGGGGGUUGCUCCCAACAUAAAAGUAAUGAGUAGUUUAAUAUACAUUCAUAAUAAUAUUGGUAAUGUAGUACCUUUAAUUCACCACCAGGGGGAGUAGUGUAAGCGAAAAUUCUCCUGAACUGAAUUACAGAGAGAAGUAUCUCUGUGAAAAACAAAUUCUGCUCUGUGGGAAAUAUUGUCCUGAGAAACAUAAGUUAGUGAACAUAUAUAUGUGUAUCUUGCAAGAUUUUUGUACUGCCGAAUAACAAUUAAAAUGGCCGCCGUGCGGCUAGAAUGGUUGCCGAUCGCGGCUCCAACAAAAUGGCCGUUGCGAUCUCGCGCAUGCGCACAAGGUGCAAACGGAUGUUCGGAUCUCGCGGCGAUGCGCGAGAUCCAAGAUGGCCGCCGUGCGCACUCAGGGUCGAUGGAGGCGUACUCCACAGCCCAAAAGCCCGGGAAAAACGGGGCAAAAUAUGCCGACCGCAACCCGGACCAAUAAAAAGUAAGAGACACAAUAAAAAUGUAUAGAAAAACGAAACAGAACGUAAGGGACAGUACAAAAGGAAUAAAAGGGAGAAAAUUAGGCAGUAAUAGAGAAUAAGUUAAGAGAAAACUUUAGAAAGAUAGCUAAAAAUAGGAAAUAGGAAAAUAAGUAUAUAGCUAAAGUAUGGGAAACAUAGCUAAGAAAAAACAAAGAUUAAAUAACAAGUUAGAAUAAACAGGAUAGUAAAUAACCCACAGAAAGUAAGAGGCAGUGGCACUCUGACCUGUACUGGUGUGAAGCAGCAAAGAAAGAGGAAGUGACAUCACAGGGAGGGACUCUUAUACCUUGUUAUCUCUUUUUUCUGAUUGGUUACCCUGUUACUAAGUAAAAAAGUGCUGCUGUGAAGCUUAAGUAAAGAAAGACUUAAGCAAAUACGAAGCCUCCUGUCAUGUUAUAAAAUUCAAUUUCCUAAAACACUUCUAAAGAACACCACAAAGUGUCUUCAUGCUGCGUGUAAUGCUUGAUCUAUAUAGGUGUGGAGAGGACAUGCAGAAUUCCAUAGGUUUGGAGAAACGUGCAGUUUGUGUCUGAGAAUUAAUUUGGUUGUGCAGAUGACAAGUCUGACACCUAUGUGGCACUGUUGAGUUAUACAGAAUAUUCAGUCUACAUAAGAGAUUGUAUGUUUUUAGCACAGUCUAUAUUUAAUUAUUCAUUUGUUCGCCUUGCAACAUAGGGUAUUAUUCACUAAACCGAAAAUUGACAAGAUCUGACAAAAUGAUUGCAAAUUCUAGGAACAAAAAGUAGCUGAACUGAAAAAAACAAACUAACUAACGAACAAGCAAACAAACAUUAAACUCAGCUGUAUUAGCAAGCUGGCUGGAAUAAAAUUGUUAUUUCUGCAAGUUUAGUGAAUAACCUUUGUUGUCUAGUGAGUUCUACAGUGACUCUAGUGGUUACAAGGAAAACACAGUUUAAUCAUUAUUAUUGAUAUUUGUGACAAACGCUCUUUUCCACGGAUGUUUGUAAUGAACUCCUGGGAGAGUAUGGAAGCUGGACUCCUACCCAUUACAGCCCAUAUCACCACUAUAGCUCCUAACCCCCACUACUGCCCCUAACACCCACUACAGAUCCCAGAUCCCCACUACUUCCCCUAUUCAUUACUAUAGCUCAUAUCACCUCAUUACUGCCUUUAACCCCUUUCUAAAGCACUUAAGCCCCCUACUACCUUUAUUGGUCUGAAGGGCAACAAACUUGAAUCUCCCCUCCCAUCUUGUAAUAAAUGGAAAUUCCACUGUUUCCCAUAUGUAUUUCCCACACAUCACAUAUUGCCACGCACAACAUUCACAUCGACCCAAAUAAAAUCACUCACAGAUACUAAUACAGCUACACAUACCACUCACUGGUACCAACACCCAGCCACACACAUCACUCAAAGCUGUACACACAUUACACACAGCCAGCCUUAUACAUCACACAUAGAAAGCCACGACACACAGCUACAACACUUACUUCCACCCUACACAAAACACACACACCACACAUCCACUCAACCUUUUAACAAAUAUUCACAUUACAUAACAUGGGGAAAUAAUUUCCUGGUGCACACCCUAAUUAAAUGGGCUGCACAUGUCUAUGGCUCUGCAUAUGGCUUUGGCUGCAAGACUUGUUAGCUCUGAGUCCUGAGUGAAAGUAUAUAAAAAAAUACAUCCUCAGAAACCAAUUUUAACCAAGGGGACAGUGAAUUCCCCUCUUCUUCCUUCACCUCAUAUGUGGAAGUAAGUGUCGGAGAGAGGAUGGAUGUAGGUGGAAAGUAGAAAGAGUAAACCCCCUACCCAAUUGGUAAGUUUACCAGGGAAUGACCAAUCUAUCAGACUGGAUACAAAAUGAUCUGUGGGUGACCAAUUUGAGCCAAACAGACUCCCAGUGGCAAAAAGUGCCCAAACCCCCAUCCACCAAUUCACCUAUAAAAAAAAAAAAACACAUAUAUAUAUAUAAAAAAAAAAAUUCAACUUUUUCUUUCAUCAGGGUCUUGGUUGAAGACAUUCAAUUCCCUGUUUUUGCCUAAAAUAGGUUGGCCAGAUAUAGCUAUAAAGUAAUAAAAAAAAAAAAAACACAAAAACAAAUCUACUGGAAAAAUAAAACCCUUAAAGCCAAAAAAGGCUCUUGAUCUUCUUAUUCUACAGGAACAUUUAUAUGCCCUUGCUCACUUCAAAAACCUUGCAAAGCUCACCAAUUAUUGUGCAUCCCUAGCCAAGUCUCGCUCCCUGUGGGCUUGUCUGGUGAUGUCAUUAAAUAAAUAAAAAAAAAUACUAUAUAUAUAUUGAUUGGUAAGUAUAUUUUGGUAUAUAUUCACUUGAUUUUGUACACUAUGAUCUUGAAAAAGAUCCGCCAGUGUCGAAACGUAGAUUUUUUCUUAGAUGUCAUAAUAUUUCAAUAAAUCACAUUUUUUCACUGGAAGACCCGUAUCAAAAAUAGAUUGGGUCUGCACUCACAGUUUGUGCAAAAAAAAAAAUGGCUGCUUUAUUUACAUGAAGAAAAAAAGUCCAAUGAGAUCAACGUUUCAGUUCCUGAACGAAACUUUCAUCUGGAUCACAUCAGGUACCUUGAUCCUGAUGAAAGUCCGUUCAGGGACUGAAAAGUCGAUCUCAUUGGACUUUUCUUCUUCAUGUAAAAAAAGCAGCCGUUUUUUUUUGUUUGUUUUUUCGCAAACCAUGAGUGCAGACCCAACCUAUUUUUGUAUGUUUUUUGUUGUUCUCUGGGACUGGCACCCGGUAAUAUAUAUAUAUAUAUAUAUAUAUAUAUAUAUAUAUAUAUAUAUAGAGAGAGAGAGAGAGAGAGAGAGAGAGAGAGAGAGAGAGAGAGAGAGAGAGAGAGAGAGAGCUCUUGGUACCCUAUUGAAUAUUUAGUUUCCCACAACCCCUAUCUCCCAUGGACCAUUUUGAGAUGCCCUAUUUAAACCCCUACUGUGGGUGUGGCCAGUGUCAGGUCUGUUCUGAGAAGUUUUAAGUGACUUACUAAAAAAAAUUUAUACAACUAAAAUGUUCUUUAGAACAAGAACAAUGUAUCUUAUUUAUACUGACUAUACGCUAAACACAUUUACUAUAAAUGAAAGAAAAAAUACUGUGAGCAUUAUUGCUUUGGAGAUCUCUUUUGCACUCAAUAUAGAGGUCCUAGAAAAGAGGGAAAUUAGGAUAGAAAAGAGGGACAGAGAGAUUUUGGCACUUGGUAGGUAUGAUUUAUAUUUGUCUCUACAUUAAUUAUUUAUGUAAAUCAUUUUUAAAUGGGUGUUUUUCCAGCCGGAAGUAUGCCUUUGUUUAUAAUAUGAAAUUAAUCUACUUGUUAGGAAACAUUUAAAUGCAUACAGUUUUCGAGUUGCAUACAUAUUAUAAUUAUACAUCUCGAAGGUAAUUAUUAGUGUGGAAGUGCGUUUACCAACUGAGCUCUUUAAUAUAGUUGGAUGCUAAAGUAUAACAGAUACGUUAAGAACCGUCAGAAAUAAAUGUGAUUAAUUCUCCACUACAAACCAGGAUCGUGGAAGUGUGCACACUUGUACAGACCAAACAUAGCAUAUGUGACUAUUUUUUUUUUCACUUUCGUUGUUUUUCUUUCAUUUCUUUCAUUUGGAAACACACAUGCAACUAUGAAAAUAAGAUGUAGCUUAUUCACAAACCAGUAAUGUUAAUGGUUGAGUCUGUUACACAAUGUGUCAUAAUUAUUGCAUUCAUGGAAUUUUUUAUUUAUUAUAACUACAGUAUUAUAACUACUUUGGUUUGUCUUUAAUGUACUCCAAAUAGGUAUAUGGAAUGCCAAAACUCUAUGAGCCUCUGAGUAUCAUGUUGUCGUUUUCCAAUCCAUUUAAUGAUAUACUCAGCAACUGCGUCAUGUCGUCUGAAGGUGCUGGACUAACCCCCAAUGGACCCAUUGUUGUUAAGUAAGCAUGGGAUGUUUUUUGUCAUGGUGUAAUGACCAAUAACAUGUGGAGCUUCUCCUUAUUAUGUUAAAGGAAAACUCUAAUUAAUGAAUUAAGUGGUUUUGGUGAACAGAUACCACUCCUGCCGUGUCACUGCUGAAUCGUCUGUUAAUUAGGAGUUAAAUCACUUUGUUCAUGAAACCUAGCCAGGUGUCCCAUUGUUGUGACACACACAGUUUCAAGAAAAAAAACAUUUUUACAGAAUGUUUACAUUAAACGUUCCAAUCACCUGUUCUGCUAAGUGUGUAAACACACUUGGAAGGCUACUCUGGUAGUUGUCAUUGCAACUACAUCUAACAAAUUGUAUUGGCAAUAGCCCGGGGCAAGACCCACUGAAAAUAGCAUAGGUAUUAUUUUUCAUCAGAAACAGUUGGUUUAUAAAGAAUACCGCCUAAGGUUUGGAGGUGUGCUAUUAGCCUGUAGGGGGUUAUAGCUGGAGUGGGGUUCUUAGAGUGUCCCAGUGGUCUUGGUUCUCAGUUUUAUGUAACAAACAAUCUGGGGGAUAAAAAAAAUAAAAAUUAAUAAUAAACAAUAUUAAUUUUAUAUCUAUUUGUGGUUGGGGAUAAAAGCCAUAUAUAAUGCAUACAUAAACAGUAAUUGGGUUUUACAAAAGCUUGCAAUUUACAGAGACCACUCUAGAUGACAUAUCAAAUGACAAAUAAAAAGCUUACACCUCUCUAAAUGUUAAUCAUGCAUGCAUUAAUAUGUUGAAUAUAAAAAAAAUGUAUGCCGUUCUGUGGUUCAUUGUGUUUUUGUAUUUUUUUUUUUUCCUUCUCCUAGUAUGGACCAGAUAUUUCCUUUCCGAUCUGGCUUUGUGAAAAUCUUCUGUGCACCAUUCAAGAAAGGAACAUUGCAGUUACAUGUGAACUUCUCUUGUGACAAAAUAAAAUAUGUGAAAGGAAGCAUCACAAUAGAAGUACCAUAGUUUUAACCAAUCUAAGAUCUUCAUAAUUAUAUCAAUGUAGAGAUUACCUCUCUGCACAUUUCAAAAGCAUGUCAAGACCUACCAGCUCCUACUUGUAAACCCCACAAAGCACUAACCUGUUUAGUUUUAUGUCUUUACGUAUAUUGUUUUUUUGUAUUUAUUUUGCUCUAUUACUACAGGUAGAUUUUGAGUACCUAGCAGUAAAAAUAAGUCUGCACAUUUAGUGGUUAGAUACCAAUAUCAUAUUGGUAUAGGAUUUUUAAUAUUACAUUAACCUGAUGCUAUAAUUAAAGACAUGGAAAAAUAAGAUAUACCUAAACACAUAAACAGAGAAAGAAAAACUCAUAGGGAAAUAACAUUGAUUAACAGUUGGCCCUUUGUUUAAAUGUUACACUCACAAAAUUGGAGAAAUAUUCAGGCUCAUCAAUCACGUAUGGACUCUAACAGGUUCUUCCUCGUUCAGAUAUCCAGUGAUUUAUGAAAAAAAAAUAAUAAAAAAACAUUGUACAGUGCUGAUAUGAAUUAAAAUCACACAAAAGCCCAUCAAUAUAGUUCUGUGUUCCAAAUCUUUUUGAUAAAAAGUGGAGGGUUCUUCACAGAAGUGGUAGGCAAGAAUACAGAUGUAAAUAAAACAAUAAUUAAAAAAUAUAAACUCCACGCGUUUCGUCUAUUAAUUUAGACUUCAUUAUGAGUCAAAAAUGAAAUACUAUGCAGAUAAAAUGCCUAAGUAACUCUGAGGACCGUAGCUGUAUUUAAAAGUCCCUCCUAAAGGUGUCGGAAUCCACUUAGCCAAUCCGCUUGUCUCAAUUCACUUGUUUCCAAUUGUUCGUUGUCUCUCUUCCUUAUAUGGGGUUCUGGCAGAUGUCCGUGGAACACAGAUGCGUUUCACCGAUCAGGAAGUGUUCUAACUUCUUGUGUAGUUGUUGCUGAUGGCAGUGAUAUGCGGCUGGAACGCAUGUGCGUUCCACUUCGUUUUUCCUUCACAGGAUUAACUGAAUAA